AUGGGACAGGAGCUAGAUGUACCUGAUAAGCUGGUGGUGGAGAGUGGUUGGUCAUAAAUAGCAGCAUGCAGGCGAGUUAAAAGAGAGCAUGGAAAUGCAAUAACAGGCGUGAGCUAGAAAGAGGACUGAGAGAGGGAGAGAGAGAGAGAGAGAGAGAGCAGAGAGAGAGAGCAGAGAGAGAGAGAGUAGAGAGCAGAGAGAGAAAGGGACAAGGAAAGAGAGAGGAAACUUAGGAGACUUUUAAUGGGUUUACAUGGGUUUGCAAGGUGAAGUCCUUUAAAAUCCACUGUCUGCCACACUGCCACUCCACUGAAAUUGGCUCUCUAGUUGUUGAUGGGGGUGUGUGUUAGGGAAUGUGUGUGCGUGCGUACGUGCACAUUAUUUUCUUUGUGAGUAAUUAAUGUGUUACUCUGUACACGUACACAGACGUGUCAAUGUGCAGGUGUCUGCAGUCAGGCGCAGUGUGGUCGUUUGUGUGUGUGUGUGUGUGUGUGUAUUUGUUAAUUUGGAAGACAGAUUGAGGGAAGCCACAGGUGGAGGGGCUGCUCCAGCUAAUUGAGCUUCAGUCAAUCCUGCCCUCCACACCUGUUACUGUUCCUGUGCAGCGGGCCAGUGUGUGUGUGUGUGUGUGUGUGUGUGUGUGUGUGUGUGUGUGUGUGUGUGUGUGUGUGUGUGUUUGGUAGUCAGUCAGGGGGAGCUGCCUUGUUAGUGUUGAGACACUGGGCGCUGUGGCAUGGACUGUUUGAAGAGCAUUCCCACAGGGCAUGCAUACAAACACAGACACAGAGUACACAAAUAUUAAGACAGACUGUACAAAGACUUGUCUUGCUAGCUAUUGAGCAUGAGUAUACACACACACAGGCACACACACACACGCAUGCACAUACAUAUUCACAUCACACAAUUCACACUUACUCAAAUACCCCCCCACCACCACACAGACACGCACAGACACACACACUCAUUUAGGGGUCCCAGGCGCUCUGAUAAGACUUCAAAGCCAGUAGAGUGUGAUGGUUACAGACAAGGAGCUGUGCACUCCUCCGAGCUUUCCCCCUCCUGGGAUGGAGAAAACAUUAGCCAAACCACACUGCUUCUCUCCCUGUUCUCAGACACCUGUCACUAGGGCCCGAAGUAACAACUACACAUAUCAUUCGGUGUGUCUGACCCCUUAAGGUGACGCAUGUUGUGUGCUGUCAUGUAAAUAACAGUUAGACUAUGAACUAUUUGUUUCAUAUUAACAAUCUGUUUCUAUGAACAUCCCACUGGGCACACACUGGUUGAAUCAACGUUGUUUCCACAUAAUUUCAACGAAAUUAUUUUGAACCAAAAUGGAGAAGACGUUGAAUUGUCAAUGAUGGGCCAAUCUGCUAUGACAGAUGACAAAAGGAAGCAACUUUGCAGCACCGCAUUCUGUGUAAUUUUAAGAAUAAGUGGUAACUGUCCCACAUUCCUCUCAAUGUCAUUCAUAAAAGAGCAUCACUGGUGCCUAUAGUGGCCAUUCUUAGUCAAUCCCCCAUAGAGAAACUGGCCAGCGAUGUCUCAUUGCCAUGUUAAGCCGCUAGGUGGCAUAUUAGUGUCAUGGAGGACAUGUUGAAUCUUCUUAGAGCCGCAAGGAGUUCUAAACUUCCUCCAGGGCUUUUUUCACGCAGUGAAGCAACUGAGAUGCUUCUGUACUAUACGGUGUAAAACUGUAAUCAUUCAAAAGUAAUAUGAGCACAAGAUGCAUGAAUUGCAAAUCCCACACUUGCAGUUGCAGCUGCUGUAUGUCAUGUGAAGACUGUAAUGAUGAAUUCCCAUAGCAGCGUUAACUAAAAUGAGCUCAUGAUCAUCAGCGCUAUGUACUUAACCAUCCUUCAACCGUGAAAGGAUGCAAAAUAUCAAGCUUUAAAAACGCUUCUUUAAACGCUUACAUAACAUUAAAGCAUUGAGUUGUCUAUACUUGUUCUUUAAACAGUUACACAAUGUUACAGCAUCGUCUUGUCUCUCUAUACCAGGCGGUGUCAGAGGAAAGCCCUCAAAAUUGUCAAAGACUCCAGCCACCCUAGUCAUAGACUGUUCUCUCUGCUACCGCACGGCAAGCGGUACCGGAGUGCCAAGUCUAGGUCCGAAAGACUCAACAGCUUCUACCCCCAAGCCAUAAGACUCCUGAACAGCUAAUCAUGGCUACCCGGACUAUUUGCACUGCCCCCCCACCCCAUCCUUUUACGCUGCUGCUACUCUGUUAAUUUUUAUGCACAGUCACUUUAACUCUGCCCACAUGUACAUAUUACUUCAACUACCUCAACUAGCCGGUGCCCCCGCACAUUGACUCUGCACCGGUACCCCCCUGUAUAUAUAGCCUCCCUACUGUUAUUUUAUUUUACUUCUGCUCUUUUUUUCUCAACACUUUUUUUGUUGUUGUUUUAUUUUUACUUUUUUAUUAAAAAUAAAUGCACUGUUGGUUAAGGGCUGUAAGUAAGCAUUUCACUGUAAUGUCUGCACCUGUUGUAUUCGGCGCAUGUGGCCAAUAAAAUUUGAUUUGAUUUGAUUUGAAAUAGUCUCAAUAACAAUAACCAUGGUGAUUGUGUGGUGUUGUACAGUUAGCCUGUGGUUCCUUCAGACCUAGUGUGGAACAUAGCAUCACGGGUCACUCAGUGUUCCAAGAACAUCCUUCUCCCAUGUAGAGGGACAUAGCUGUCCUGUCACAGACAAGCACACACAGAGACACAUGCGUUUGUGCAGGGGAUCGUGUGUACAGUGGCUUGCGAAAGUAUUCAUCCCCCUUGGCAUUUUUCCUAUUUUGUUGCCUUACAACCUGGAAUUAAAAUGGACUUUUGGGGGGUUUGUAUAAUUUGAGUUACACAACAUGCCUACCACUUUGAAGAUGCAAAAUAUUUUUUAUUGUGAAAGAAACAAGAAAUAAGACAAAAAAACGGAAAGGAUGGUGUUCUCGGGGUGAUGAGAGGCGUUUUCCUUGAUGGCCAAAAAGCUCAAUUUUAGUCUCAUCUGACCAGAGUACCUUCUUCCAUAUGUUUGGGGAGUCUCCCACAUGCCUUUUGGCGAACACCAAACAUGUUUGCUUAUUUUUUUCUUUAAGCAAUGGCUUUUUUCUGGCCACUCUUACGUAAAGCCCAGCUCUGUGGAGUGUACGGAUUAAAGUGGUCCUAUGGACAGAUACUCCAAUCUCCGCUGUGGAGCUUUGCAGCUCCUUCAGGGUUAUCUUUGGUCUCUUUGUUGCCUCUCUGAUUAAUGCCCUCCUUGCCUGGUCCGGGAUUUUUGGUGGGCCGCCAUCUCUUGGCAGGUUUGUUGUGGUGUCAUAUUCUUUCAAUUUUUUAAUAAUGGAUUUAAUGGUGCUCCGUGGGAUGUUCAAAGUUUCUGACAUUUUUUUAUAACCCAACCCUGAUCUGUACUUCUCCACAACUUUGACCCUGACCUGUUUGGAGAGCUCCUUGGUCUUCAUGGUGCCGCUUGCUUGGUGGUGCCCCUUGCUUAGUGGUGUUGCAGACUCUGGGGCCUUUCAGAACAUGUGUAUAUAUACUGAGAUCAUGUGACAGAUCAUGUGACACUUAGAUUGCACACAGGUGGACUUUAUUUAACUAAUUAUGUGCCUUCUGAAGGUAAUUGGUUGCACCAGAUCUUAUUUAGGGGCUUCAUAGCAAAGGGGGUGAAUACAUAUGCACACACCAUUUUUCCGUUAUUUAUUUUUUAGAAUUUUUGAAACAAGUUAUUUUUUUCAUUUCACUUCACCAAUUUGGACUAUUUUGUGUAAGUCCAUUAAUAAUAAUAAUAAUAAUAAUAUGCCAUUUAGCAGACGCUUUUAUCCAAAGCGACUUACAGUCAUUACAUGAAAUCCAAAUAAAAAUCAAUUUAAAUGACAGGUUGUAAUGCAACAAAAUAGGACAAACACCAAGGGGGAUGAAUACUUUUGGAAGGCACUGUAUGUGUGUGUGUGUGUUUGUGUGUACGUACUGAGAAUAGAAAGACACGCAUCAAAGAGUGCAGGGAAAUGGCGCCUCCUGUAGCACGUCCAUUCUGCUAAUGAUGAAUGGGCCUUUGACAGCAUUUCCACUUCCAUACCUGUCUGUCUGUCUGCCUGUCUGUCUGUCUGUCUGUCUGUCUGUCUGUGUAUGUCUGUCCAUCCAUCUGUCUGUCCCGGACCACAGACAGCACGGUUAGCCCAAACCACCCCAGCCCUACCUCUUCUUACCUCUGUUUACCAUCUCUUGUUUAUGCUCUCCUCCGCUGUUGUGAUCUUUAGCAGCUAAUGAUUUUCAAUAAUAAAAAGACGGCUUGACAUUUUCAUCAAAGCCUCUGUCUUCCAACACCCAGGGAAAGGAGGUGAUGAGUAUUGGCAGCUUUUGCCUUCAUAACUCCUCUGCCAUCACAGCCAUAGAUGGGCCUCGGUGCUCAAUCACCUCCAAGUAGUGUGAGGCCAAAGCCAGGCCUUAUUCAACCCACUGAAAUAUGGAAGAGAGAGCUGUACUUAGCUAAUUAGUUAGCAGGGUUUUAGAUUAAUGUUGCCCCCUGGCCAAAUGAUUACGGUAAAUGGCAUUUUUUGUUUGGGUGGCCAGUCCACCGCAGCAUUGCACUGUAGGACACAGUAUGAGGGUAUGAAGCUGGUAUUCACAUCAGAGCGACAUCGUGACACAGUCGGAAGAAGUAUGAAUCAGAAUGGGGGAAAUGAUGUAGUUGGUGUCUAAAAGUUUCAUGAUGUUGUCAGAGAGAGUGCAACUGAGGUGAACGAUGUUAGAUUUUCCUUAGAUAUCCUCGUUGUGCAGACUAUCCCCCUAAGGUCGAUGUCCGCACCCCAUGAAAAUCGAAAUAGCAUAAUAAAAAUCCUCAUAAAAACCUGUCAGUUUAAGCUAGAGAUAUCUUUAUUUUUUCAUUGGAUGCGUCUCAAUCCACGGCAUCCACCUCAGUCGCACUUCCGCAUCUGCGGUGAAAGGUGACAGACCCAGAGCGGUGUUUGUCAGACCAUGAGACAUCCCAAAAAUGUGUCUUCUCAAAAAAUAUUCUGUAGCAUCCGAACGGUUUGGCCUACAAACUAUUAUGACCCCUCUAUAGAACCCCCACAAGCGUCUUGGGAGUCGUCUGAAGUUGGUACAGCUGAUCUGCCUACUUCUCUCUGUAGCAUCCGAACAGUUUGGGCAACACACUCAUAUGACCCCUCUGUGGAAAGGUGAGACUAUCACUAACACGUACUGUACAUGACGCCCACAGCCCUCACAAGACUCGUCUGAAGGUCCCCCGGUACCAGUGGGUACCCGAGUGGCGCAGUGGUCUAAGGCACUGCAUCGCAGUGCUAGCUGUGCCACUAGAGAUCCUGGUUCGAAUCCAGGCUCUGUCGUAGCCGGCUGCGACCGGGAGACCCAUGGGGCGGCGCACAAUUGGUCCAGGGUAGGGGAGGGAAUGGCUGGCAGGGAGGUAGCUCAGUUGGUAGAGCAUGGCGUUUGCAACGCCAGGGUUGUGGGUUCGAUUCCCACGGGGGGCCAGUAUAAAAAAAUUAAUAAAAUAAAAAAAUUAAUAAUAAUGUAUGCACUCACUAACUGUAAGUCGCUCUGGAUAAGAGCGUCUGCUAAAUGACUAAAAAUGUAAAUAUAUAUGGAGACUGUUUAGUGCCAAAAAAUAAGGGGUUAAAUAUAUGAUUAUUUUUUAUUUUUUUUUAUGUUUCCUGAUCUUCCUUAUACACUACAUGACCAAAAGUAAAAAUUGACUAAUUAAUGAAAAAAACAUCUAAUCAACAACGUAAUUAUGUUCAAUUAACUCUACAACUCUUCCAACUAUUGACUUUUCUUCACAACUGCCACCAGUUUGAAGCUAAAACAUUGACAACAAAUACACUACAUGACCAAAAGUAUGUGGACACCUGCUCAUCGAACAUCUCAUUACAAAAUCAUGGGCAUUAAUAUGGAGUUGGUCCCCCCUUUGCUGCUAUAACAGCCUCCGCCCUUCUGCGAAAGCUUUCCACUAGAUGUUGGAACAUUGCUGUGGGGACUUGCUUCCAUUCAGCCACGAGCAUUAGUGAGGUCAGGCAAUUAUGUUGGCCGAUAAGGCCUGGCUCGCAGCCGGUGUUCCAAUUCAUCCCAAAGGUCUCAACAAAACAUUUCUGUAAGGACCUCAAUUUGUGCACGGGGGCAUUGUCAUGCUGAUACAGGAAAGGGCCUUCCCGAAACUGUUGCCACAAAGUUGGAAGCACAGAAUCGUCUAGAAUGUUAUUGUAUGCUGUAGCGUUAAGAUUUCCCUUGACUGGGGCCUCCCGAGUGGCAUCACUACAGACCCGGGUUCAAUCCCAGGAUGUGUCACAGCCGGCCGUGACCGAGAGACCCAUGAGGCGGUGUACAAUUGGCCCAGCGUCGUCCGGGUUAGGGGAGGGUUUGGCCAACUGGGAUUUCUUUGUCCCAUCGCUCUCUAGCGACUCCUUGUGGCGGGCUGGGCUCCUGCAAGCUGACUUUGGUCGCCAGCUGGACAGUGUUUCCUCCGACACAUUGGUGCGGCUGGCUCUCGUCCUUCGCUUCUCCCGUGUCUGUAGGGGAGUUGCAGCGAUGGGACAAGACUGUAAUUACCAAUUGGAUAUCACGAAAUUGUGGAGGAAAAGGGGUAAAAGUAAAAAGAAAAGAUACAGUUUAAGUCGGAAGUUUACAUACACCUUAGCCAAAUACAUUUAAACUCAGUUUUUCACAAUUCCUGACAUUUAAUCCUGGUAAAAAUUCUAUAGGAUUGAGGUCAGGGCUUUGUGAUGGCCACUCCAAUAUCUUGACUUUGUUGUCCUUAAGCCAUUUUGCCACAACUUUGGAAGAAUGCUUGGGGUCAUUGUCCAUUUGGAAGACCCAUUUGUGACCAAGCUUUAACUUCCUGACUGAUGUCUUGAGAUGUUGCUUCAAUAUAUCCACAUAAUUUUCCUUCCUCAUGAUGCCAUCUAUUUUGUGAAGUGCACCAGUCCCUCCUGCAGCAAACCACCCCCACAGCAUGAUGCUGCCACCCCAGUGCUUCACGGUUGGGAUGGUGUUCUUCGGCUUGUAAGCAACCCCCUUUUUCCUCCAAACAUAACGAAGGUCAUUAUGGGCCAACAGUUCUAUUUUUGUUUCAUCAGACCAGAGGACAUUUCUCCAAAAAGUAUGAUCUUUGUCCCCAUGUGCAGUUGCAAACCGUAGUCUGGCUUUUUUAUGGCGGUUUUGGAGCAGUGGCUUCUUCCUUGCUGAGCGGCCUUUCAGGUUAUGUCGAUAUAGAACUCGUUUUACUGUGGAUAUAGAUACUUUUGUACCUGUUUCUUCCAGCAUCUUCACAAGGUCCUUUGCUGUUGUUCUGGGAUUGAUUUGCACUUUUCGCACCAAAGUACGUUCAUCUCUAGGAGACAGAACACGUCUCCUUCCUGAGCGGUAUGACGGCUGCGUGGUCACAUGGUGUUUAUACUUGCGUACUAUUGUUUGUACAGAUGAACAUGGUACCUUCAGGCAUUUGGAAAUUGCUCCCAAGGAUGAACCAGACUUGUGGAGGUCUACAAUUUUUUUCUGAGGUCUUGGCUGAUUUCUUUUCAUUUUCCCAUGAUGUCAAGCAAAGAGGCACUGUGUUUGAAGGUAGGCCUUGAAAUACAUCCACAGGUACACCUACAAUUAACUCAAAUGAUGCCAAUUAGCCUAUCAGAAGCUUCUAAAGCCAUGACAUCAUUUUCUGGAAUUUUCCAAGCUGUUUAAAGGCACAGUCAACUUAGUAUAUGUAGUAAACUUCUGACCCACUGAAAUUGUGUUACAAUGAAUUAUAAGUGAAAUAAUCUGUCUGUAAACAAUUGUUGGAAAAAUUACUUGUGUCAUGCACAAAGUAGAUGUCCUAACUUCCGACUUCAACUGUAUAUGUAUCCCUUCACUGGAACUAAGGGACCUAGCCCGAACCAUGAAAAACAGCUCCAGACCAUUAUUUCUCCUGCACCAAACUUUAAAGUUGGCACUAUGCAUUUGGGCAGGUAGCAUUCUCCUGGCAUCCGCCAAACCCAGAUUCGUCCGUCGGACUGCCAGAUGGUGAAGCGUGAUUCAUCACUCCAGAGAACGCGUUUCCAGAGUCCAAUGGCGGCGAGCUUUACACUACUCCAGCCGACGCAUGGCAUAGCGCAUGGUGAUCUUAGGCUUAUGUGCGGCUGCUCGGCCAUGGAAACCCAUUUCAUGAAGCUCCCAACAAACAGUUAUUAUGCUGACAUUGCUUCCAGAGGCAGUUUGGAACAUGGUAGUGAGUGUUGCAAUCGAGGACAGACGAUUUUUACGCGCUACGUGCUUCAGCACUCGACGGUCCUGUUCUGUGAGCUUGUGUGGCCUACCACUUCGCGGCUGAGCUCCUAGACCUUUCCACUUCACAAUAACCGCACUUACAGUUGACCGGGGCAGCUCUAGCAGGGCAGAAAUUUGAUGAACUGACUUGUUGGAAAGGUGGCAUCCUAUGACAGUGCCACGUUGAAAGAAACUGAGCUCUUCAAUAAGGCCACUCUACUGCCAAUGUUUGUCUAUGGAGAUUGCAUGGCUGUGUGCUCGAUUUUAUACACCUGUCAGCAACGGGUGUGGCUGAAAUGACUGAAUCCUCUCAUUUGAAGGGGUGUCCACAUACACUAUAUAUACAAAAGUAUCUCUCAGAUAUAGGACAGACACUUCAGAACAAACUUCCUUUAGAAUUUGUUGGGAACUAUCUGUUGAAUCUGUUAUUCAAUGCAUUUGUAUGGUUCAAUAGCAGUAAGGCCAAAUAAAAAUGUUAAUCAAAUAAUGUUUUAAUAUAUAUUUUUUUAUACUUAAAGGGGUUUCAAAUUCAAAAUCAAAUAGCAAAAUUAUCCUUGGUAUGACCUUUUUAAAACAAUUCCAUAUAGCUUAGUAGAACCUCCCAGCUUAGACAGGGCUUAGAUUCUUAUGGGUUAAACAACAGCAGCCUUUAUGGUAAGGCCUUAGAUGUGAGCUAUGCAUUAAGCCUCUAAUAUUGUUUGAGAGUUAAGUAUAUGGUUUGUAAAUGUCAAGAGAAUUAAGAGAUACGGUUGAGGAUGUAAUUACUUCUAUCUGCCUUUCAAAACCAGUGUAGUUCCUUUAGAUCAGGGAUUCCCAAACUUUUUCACUCAGGGCCCCCCUUCCAGCAUUGGGUAACAUCCCACACCCCGCUUGUUGCUGGAAAUAAUUUUGCAGGUUUAAAGCUUAUUUCCUGCUAUUCUACACAUUUUGUCAUGGGGUGCAAAAAAACAUUUAUCAGUUUUAAAGCUAAUUUUCUUGCAAUUCUAUACAUUUCGCCAUGUCAAAUGUGUAUUCAUGUGAUAUUUGAGUGACAAAAAAAUUACAGAAAUAUCUAUGGGCUAAAAAAACUACAUGAAAAAACGUUAGCUGACAUGGGCUAGUUGAUCUGGACAUUUCUGACAAGUUAUAAAUAGCUCUCUAAGGUAUGCAAUGACUAAGAUGGCAAGAGGAACUGAUGAUGCACUUCCCAAUUUCAAAAUUGCACCUUGUGCAUUCUACUAUUGUGCAACUUUCAAAAGUACGUUUAAAGCCGGACUGAGUUCCUUUAGUUUGGGAACCACCCCACAGUUUAGGAACCACUGGAUUAGAUCAGAUGGUGGAUGGAUGACUCUCUAUGUAGACAACCACUGGAUUAGAUCAGAUGGUGGAUGGAUGACUCUCUAUGUAGACAAACACUGGAUGGAGACUGAUUACUCUUUUGCAUAUUUCAGUUUUUUUUAAUCACAAUUUUCACAAGCAUGUGGUGAAUUUUCAAAACUCUUAGUACAAAACUCCAAACUGGCAACACUUGUAACGCAGCAAGUCUUAUUUUCAAAACCUUUAAUUGUGCAUUCAUUUUGUUUGGAGACAUCUUUCACCACACAACCAUUGAUCCAAAAUAUAAAUGUACUGUGAAAUACCAUGAGAACAUUGAUUUAAUCACCAAAACAAAACAUGACUAUAUCUUCUCAAUUUAGUUGUUUUAACAACCAGUUAAUCCAAUAGCAAAAAAUGCAAGAUACAAUGUUUCAAAAUGUCCCUUUGAAUGUAGUACAGUACUGUAAAUUACAGAACAGUACACUGAUUUUACAUUAGGCUAUACACUUGCAAUACACACACACAUUUAGUGAAAAUCUAAUUUCCAUAAUUUCCCAUGUGUGAUCAAUGAAGACAUGUUUUACAAUCAUUGAUGCAAUUUUUUGGUGUUGUUGAUAUAAUUACAACAUUAGUGUACCGUAUUCAAAUUAAACAAAUGUAAUUAAACAAAUUAAAUUAAUGAAACAAACAUUACGUUUAGCAGGCACUAGUUUGCUUCAAAACUAUAUUGAGCAUUUGGCCAUAGGUUCUCAUCGACAUGGAGAUGUUUCCCCCACAUUGUCCAGGCACUUGAAUAAUGAGUAGUCAUUAUGUAUUGUAAUCAUGUAUUGUAUUUUACAGUAUUGUAUUGUAAUUAUGUAUUGUAGUGGUCCUGUGUGGUUCAGUUGGUAAGAGCAUGGCACUAGCAACAUUAGGGUUGUGUGUUCGAUUCCCACUGGGGUCACAUAGGAAAAUGUAUAGAAUAACUGUUGAAACUUGAUAAAAGUGUCUGCUAUGUAAAUGGCAAAGUUUACAGUAUUGGCCAAUGCAAUUUGAGUAAAGCAGUGUUAAAACCCUUUAGAUCCCAGUAACUUCAUUUUGGAUACAUGUUUACUGUAAAAGGGAUGCAUUUAUUACAUGCAGUACAUUUCUGUUCCUGUCAAUAUCAGAUGUUUUACUCUAAAGUAAAAUCUUAAUAGUCAUCAUCAUAAUAUUACAUUGCAGUAUAUAUAUCAUACUUUAUAUCUUUAUACUUUACAAACAUAAAUAUUAGUUCUGUAGGUCUUAAGAUAUGUAUAUAGUACACAAACCUGUUUAAAAUCUAUAGGUUUACCAAACGGUUAAGUGGUUAUAAUAUUUAAAAAAUGGAUUAAGUAAUAGUAAAUUGUAUUUUAACAAAUUAGAAGACAAUCAUAUCAAAAGUCAUUUGAGCAUUGCAUUUUGAAAAGCAAGUACUCUAUAUGCAAGUACUCUAUAUGAAACAUGUAUUUCUAGAUAAAACAAUGAUUAAGUUUUAUGAAAAAGUGACUGUAUGAUUUUGUGUGAUGUACUCAGUCAAUUGAAAAUGUGCUUAGAGUUUUGAAACAGCUGCCUUUUUUAUGAUCUGUUUUGAGUUUUGUACUAAGAGUUGCGAAAAUGUAGCAUAUACAGUGGGGAUAACAAGUAUUUGAUACACUGCAGAUUUUGCAGGUUUUCCUACUUACAAAGCAUGUAGAGGUCUGUAAUUUUUAUCAUAGGUACACUUCAACUGUGAGAGACGGAAUCUAAAACAAAAACAGAAAAUCACUUUGUAUGAUUAGCCCACCCAACUACCUCAUCCCCAUAUUGUUAUUUAUUUUGCUCUUUUGCACCCCAGUAUCUCUAUUUGCACAUAAUCUCUUGCACAUCUAGCAUUCCAGUGUUAAUACUAUUGUAAUUAUUUUGCACUAUAGCCUAUUUAUUGCCUUACCUCCAUAACUUGCUACAUUUGCACACACUGUAUAUAUAUUUUCUGUUGUAUUUUUGACUUUAUGUUUUUUACCCCAUAUGUAACUCUGUGUUGUUUUUAUUGCACUGCUUUGCUUUAUCUUGGCCAGGUCGCAGUUGUAAAUGAGAACCUGUUCUCAACUGGCUUACCUGGUUAAAUAAAGGUGAAAUAAAUAAAUAAAUAAAUAAAAAUAAAAAUAAAUUGAUGCCCCACGAGGUGAGAUCUUGCAUGGAGCCCCAGACCGAAGGUGAUUGACCGUCAUCUUGAACUUCUUGCAUUUUCUAAUAAUUGCGCCAACAGUUGUUGCCUUCUCACCAAGCUGCUUGCCUAUUGUCCUGUAGCCCAUCCCAGCCUUGUGCAGGUCUACAAUUUUAUCCCUGAUGUCCUUACACAGCUCUCUGGUCUUGGCCAUUGUGGAGAGGUUGGAGUCUGUUUGAUUGAGUGUGUGGACAGGUGUCUUUUAUACAGGUAACGAGUUCAAACAGGUGCAGUUAAUACAGGUAAUGAGUGGAGAACAGGAGGGCUUCUUAAAGAAAAAGGUCUGUGAGAGCCAGAAUUCUUACUGGUUGGUAGGUGAUCAAAUACUUCUGUCAUGCAAUAAAAUGCAAAUAAAUUCCUUAAAAAUCAUACAAUGUGAUUUUCUGUUUUUGUUUUAGAUUCAGUCUCUCACAGUUGAAGUGUACCUAUGAUAAAAAUUACAGACCUCUACAUGCUUUGUAAGUAGGAAAACCUGCAAAAUCGGCAGUGUAUCAAAUACUUGUUCUCCCCACUGUACUUGUGAAAAUUGCACUAAAGUGAUUGAAAACAACUAUAAUGAUGAACUGAGUGACCACAUUCACAGCCAUGCAUCAACUUCUCUACAUCCUGUUCUUGCUCAAACAAUUAACAACAUCUGACCUAUCAGAAUAUAGCAGAUUAGUUGCUAUUAGACCAUCCCAUUAAAUAAUAGUAAAGGGUCUGUUAUCCCCCCACCUUUGACCCUGUUCCUCCUUGUUAGCCAAAUAGCCAACUUUGCCUGAGCAAACAGAAAAUUCAACAACACACAUUUGGUAUUUUCCUUAUUUGAAUACCUGUACCCCAUUAUAAACAUCCCGACAGUAAACUCCACCCCCAACCUCUUACACAGACAUUCCAACAGAGACAUUAAUGGCAUUAACCUGGCGCACACAGAAAACACAUGAAUCACAGUUUCACUCAUGACACAGAAAGGACACCCCUGUCCGACUCCCGGGUCAAUCCGUGCCAACCAGCUGUUUGUGUCCAGGACUCCAUGUAGAACCCUCCACUGGAGGUCCCCUGACCUCUUUGGCACUGGGAGUUUGUACAGCCCCCUCCAUCUAAAACACACCAUACUCUCCGCCCCACAUACCCCCUUCCACUGAUGUGCCUUCACUCCUGUUAGGCUCCUAAUGUUCCUUACCUUAAUGCAGAGGUUGUAGAGGGCUUUACCUCCUACCCCCUCAAACUCCCCCAGGCUCGGAGUGUUAAAAUCUAACAAGUCCUCCAGACCCCCUUACCAGUCCCCAGUCUCUGCCGUCACCUGCAGUGGCGGAAACAUUGGUGGCCCCUCACCCUUUGGCCGCUCAAACACCCCCCUUACCGGCUCAGACAGUGCCUCCUGGACUUCCCCCAGGAAUCUCUCUAGCAGCCUAAGAGAUGUUAGUCCUGUUUGUUGUGCCAGGACUUCCGGGGUUUUCCACCCCUCCUCUCCCAGCAGUCGCAGGUCACCCAGCCUUAGUAAACCCACUGCCAUCAGUCGCCUCUGCAGGAUGGCCGACUGAACCGAUCUCAAAAGGAUGGCUGGGUUGUGGAAGAUAAGCUCCUCCCACACCCACAGCCCAGGCUCCACACCCCCUUCUCGUGUGGGUCUUAGCAGCUGCCGGGCCCUCAGCACCGCAGAGUAAAAAUCUGAGAGACCUGCUGUACUCAGCCUCAUAAGGAAUAGCUGCCGGUCCAACCCUAAUCCGCCAGCUCUCCUCAGCAGCGCACAUGCUGGUUCCCUCCAGCCGACAUCAGUAUGGUACAGCAGUCUCUGCGCCGCCUUUAGUCGGAAUGCAGACACCCUGCUCUCCAGUUCCACCAGGCCCUGUCCUCCUUCAUGUACGGACAUAUAGUGUUGUGGUCCUCUGUAGCUCAGCUGGUAGAGCACGGCGCUUGUAACGCCAAGGUAGUGGGUUCGAUCCCCGGGACCACCCAUACACAAAAAAAAUGUAUGCACGCAUGACUGUAAGUCGCUUUGGAUAAAAGCGUCUGCUAAAUGGCAUAUUAUUAUUAUAUUAUUAUAUACAACACUGCCGCCCUCAGGCAGUGAUGGCCCGACCAGAAAAAAUCUUGCGUUGCAGGUCUGCGAGCAGUUUAUGCCACAGGGAAGAUGCCACCAGGUUGAUGAUUAUCAGCACCCUCCCUCUUUAUGACACUUGGGACAGGAGCCACCUCCACUUGGCCAGUCUUGACACCACUGCCUGUGACAGCCCCUCCCAGUUCUUCCUGACCCACCUCUCCGAGCCCAGGUACACCCCCAAAAUGUUAAGCCCUUCACAAACCCCCUGGAAGCAGAGGGGGGGGGGCUAUCCCUCCAUGCCCCACAUAACAGAGCUUUGCUCUUGCCCCAGUUCACCUUAGCUGACGAAGCUCCCUUGUACACCUUCAGACUAGUCUCUAGUGCCUGCAUAUCCUGCCCAUCCCUGUGUCACGCCCUGACUCAGGGGACUCGUAUAUGUUGAGUCAGGGUGUGUAUCUUCUUUGUUGUGUAUAUUCUAUGUGGUGUAUCUAGUAUGUAUAGAUCUAUGUUGGCCGGUGUGGUUGCCAAUCAGAGGCAGCUGUCGCUCGUUGUCUCUGAUUGGGGAUCGUACUUAGGCAGCCGAUUGGCACUGUUUAGUUGUGGGAUCUUGUUCCGUGUAAGGUUUGUUGUGUGUUCAACCUUUGAACUUCACGUUUCGUUUCGUUUGUUGUUUUGUCAUGUGUUUAUAAGUUAAAUAAACAUGUACGCAUAUCACGCUGCGCCUUGGUCUGACCCGUCCUUGAACGAACGUGACAGAAGAUCCCACCAAACGAGGACCAAGCAGCGUGCCCAGGCAGAGCGAAUAGCCAUGUCACAGGUGGGCAAUUUGUGGUCAUGGGAAGAGAUAUUUUCUGGGAGAGGACCAUGGGCGAAGGUAGAUGCCCAGGCAGGAGAGGAGCAACGGCAACACAGAGGAGGCCGGUCGAGGAGGAAGCCAGAGAAGCAGCCCCAAUAAACAUUUUUUGGGGGGGCACACAGGGUGGUUGGCGGGGCCUAGUGUCAGCUCCCCGUACUCACGCGAGGAAGCGUGUGACUGGGCAGGCUUCGUGUUAUGCGGAGCUACGUACUGUGUCGCCAGUGUGCCGGCACAGUCCUGUUCGUCCUGUGCUUGCACCACGCACGUGCCGUGCGAAGAUGGGCAUCCAGCCAGGACGGGGUGUGCCGGUUCAACGCUCCUGGUCUCCAGUACGCCUCCUCGGUCCCGCAUAUCCUGCGCCGGUUCUACGAACUGUAUCGCCAGUGCGCGUGCACAGCCCAGUGCGUCCUGUGCUGAUGCCUCACACAUACUGUGCGGAAGUAGGCAUCCAGCCGGGACGGGUUGUGCCAACUCUCCGCUCCAGACCUCCAGUCCGCCUCCACAGUCCAACCCGGCCUGUUCCUGCUCCUCGCACCAAGCCAGUGGUGCGCGUCGCCAGUCCGGCCCGGCCUGUUCCUGCUCCUCGCACCAAGCCAGUGGCGCGCGUCGCCAGUCCGACCCGGCCUGUUCCUGCGCCUCGCACCAAGCCAGUGGUGCAUGGUCCCAGUCCGGCCCGGCCUGUUCCUGCUCCUCGCACCAAGCCAGUGGUGCGCGUCGCCAGUCCGGCCCGGCCUGUUCCUGCCCCUCGCACCAAGCCAGUGGUGCGCGUCGCCAGUCCGGCCCGGCCUGUUCCUGCUCCUCGCACCAAGCCAGUGGUGCGUGUCGCCAGUCCGGCCCGGCCCGUUCCUGUUCCUCGCACCAAGCCAGUGGUGCGUGUUCCCAGUCCGGUACAGCCCGUGCCUGCUCCCCGCACCAAGCCAGUGGUGCGCAUCGCCAGUCCGGCCCGGCCCGUUCCUGCUCCUCGCACCAAGCUAGUCCAGCUCCAGUCAGCGGCUCCAGUCCAGACCCAGACGUCAGCCCCUCUCCAGGUUCGAGGUCUCCCACACCAGGGUCCAGACAGGGCCUGGAGUAUCAUGGGAGGAAGGAGAGGGGAAGCAGCGCGCCGAGGUCCAGACCAGACCAGGGGCGCAACAGGAAGGCGGAGAGUAAGAGGUCGUCACGCCCGGAGCCGGAGCCGCCUCCGAGGCGGAAUGCCCACCCGGCCCCUACCCUGUUAGGUGAAGGUUGUGCGGUUGGAGUCCGCACCUUUGGGGGGGGGGGGGGGGGGGGUACUGUCACGCCCUGACUCAGGGGACUCGUAUAUGUUGAGUCAGGGUGUGUAUAUUCUUUGUUGUGUAUAUUCUAUGUGGUGUAUCUAGUAUGUAUAGAUCUAUGUUGGCCGGUGUGGUUCCCAAUCAGAGGCAGCUGUCGCUCGUUGUCUCUGAUUGGGGAUCAUACUUAGGCAGCCGAUUGGCACUGUUUAGAUGUGGGAUCUAAGGUUUGUUGUGUGUUCAACCUUUGGACUUCACGUUUCGUUUCGUUUGUUGUUUUGUCGUGUGUUUAUAAGUUAAAUAAACAUGUACGCAUAUCACGCUGCGCCUUGGUCUGACCCGUCCUUGAACGAAUGUGACACCCUGACCAUCACAGAAACCUAAUCUGCAUACGCCGACACUGCUAUGCCUGUCAACACACCCAUACCUGUCCAGCAGACACCCUGCAGUCUCCUGCGUAGCACGCCCAGAAAAGGCUCAAUAGCUAGUGUAUAUAACUGCCCCGAUAGAGGGCAUCCUUGUCUAAUGCCCCGACUCACCCAGACUGGCCUACUGAGCCCCCCUCCCACCUUGACCAUAAAUGACGACCAUACAACAUCUUCACACAUGCCAAAAACCUUUCCCCAAACCCAAUCACAGACAUUACAUUAAACAGAUACUCAUGGUCCACUCUAUCAAAAUCUUUAUCUUGAUCUAAAGAGUCCAACAUGUCCCUGAUUAAGAACAAGUUGUCCGUGAUUGAGCAUCCCGGUACACAAUAUGUCUGGUCCUUGUGUACUAUAGAGUUCAGAUGGGACUUCAGUCUGUUAGCGAGUACCUUGGCAAAUAUCUUGUAGACCGCACAGAACAAUGCCACAGGCCUCCAGUUCUUAAGUUCACACAAGUCCCCUUUUUUGGGCAGGAGAGUCAGAGUCGCCUACCCCAACGCACUAACUCAACAUGCAAAAGAAGUCCAGUCCAAUUAUUCCCCAGUUCUGCAAACAAAACCUGAGCACACAUAGGAUCACACAGUUCUGCCCUAUACAACUCAGUAUAAAACUCCACAGUCCGCUCCCGCAUCUCCCCCACCACAGAAGUCAACCGCUCAUCCGACAGCCGUAGACAAUGCAUACCCUUGGCUUCACCCCUCUGUCUUUCCAAACCAAAGAAGAAGGAGCUGGGAGCAUCCAUCUCCUUGAGCAUGGAGAACCUAGCUCUUACAAGUGCUCCCUUUGCUUUAGCCUGGAAAAAACUGCCCAGGUCCCUACGUAAUUCAGCUAAAUUAGCCUGGAGGCCUACAUUGCCUUGCCCCACCAGCUCUACCUCCAAUUAACUGAUACCACGCUCAAGUUCCCCCAAUAUUCUCCUAGCCUCUGAGGAUGAGAGAGCUGUAUACUGUUGACAGAAAAGCCGAAUUUGGACUUUUCCCACAUCCCACCAUUGACUCAGAGACUCAUACUCAUCUCUUCGCUGCCCCCACCUUUCCCAAAAAGUCUGGAAACCUGAGCAAAAAGUGGCAUUUUUUAAAAGCUUUACAUUAAACUUCCAAUAGGAUGCCUGCCGAGGCCCUGGUGAAAUAGACAGCCGAGCCAUGGUUAUGUGGUGAUCAGAAAAACCCACCGGGAGAAUGGUAGCGCCCAACAGCCUAUAGCUCUGAUUCCUAAACAUAAAACCUAUCGAGUCGGGCUGCACUCACCCUAGCCCCAAAGACAUUCACCCAUGUAUACUGUCUUGUGUUGGGAUGCUAGUUCUCCAAACAUCCACUAGGUCAAACUGAUUAAUGAUGUCCCUUAACACCCCCACUGAGCCUGAAUGAGGCUCCUCCCAUUUCUGUAUUUCGUAAAAUCCAUCAUACAGUUCCAGUCCACACCGACCACCAGCGUUUCCUCAGGCGCUACCUGUGAGAGUUCCUGUCUAAGACACCCAAACAGACGCCCCCUCUCUCCCCCUGUGUUAGGUGCAUACACAUUUAUAAGGACAAAACACCUGUUGUUAACUUAUGCUUUUACUACAAGCAGUCUACCCCUACACACCUCCUUUGAGGAGCACAUUUUUACGGCCAGACCCGGUGCAAAAAGGACUGCCACCCCUGCACUAACAUUUGUUCCAUGGCUCAGCACACUUGUCCCUUUCCACCAGAGCCCCCAAUCAACUUCAUUCACCACAUCACUAUGCGUCUCCUGCAGAAACAACACCUGUACUUUUUUUAGUUUUACAUAUUCACCCAACAGACUCCUCCAACAGACUCCUUUCCCGCAUCUCUGGCGCCAUUUAUAUUAAGCAAGCCUACCCGAAGAGUCUCCAUAGGAAUUGGGAGAAAAGCCAGCAAAGAAAGAGACCAAUAGCAAAGCUCAAAAAGCCCCAGUGCCAUAAAAAAAUUAUUCAUCUAAACAGCAUCUGAAGGUAGACCCUUACGCACGGUUUUGACCCACUUCCUCAACCUAAAACGUUUCCUGGGUGAGAGGACACCAUGCCCCUCAUUUUUCAUAGCGUGUUGUACUGAUCUUACAAACUUCCCCGGAUCUCAAAAAAAUAAAUCAAGAUUAACCUUUUUCCCUUUAGUCUCAUUCAAGAAACUUGACAGUUCCCUCACCGUGUACUUUGACCCCUUUGAUGGCUGGCUGUCAGCUCUGGACCCAUUGAGGAGGAGUCUGAAAAUAAAUCCUCCUCAUCUUCCUCUUCCUCAGACUCAAUUCCCUCCUCCUCAUCUCCAUCUCCCAUCCUUACCACCUGCCCUUUCUCUCUAGUCGUGGCCUCCCCCCAGCACCAGGCAUAGGUUCCUUGGUGCCUUUGACCACACCAGCCACCUCCUUUCUUUUCCCCCUUUUUCCUCUUCAGCUUGACACCCUCCUCCACCCCCCCACCCCCCAGUCGCUUCCCCUUUCCCACUAUACUCUCCUCAUCCACUAGCAUAACCUGACUAGGCCCAGCCUCAUCUACACCACCAUCCAUGACAUGACUAGACCCAGUCUCAGCUACACCACCAUCCAUGACAUGACUAGACCCAGUCUCAGCUACACCACCAUCCAUAACAUGACUAGACCCAGCCUCAGCUACACCACCAUCUAUAGCCUGACUAGACCCAGCCUCAUCUACACCACCAUCUCUAGCAUGACUAGACCCAGCCUCAUCUACACCACCAUCUCUAGCAUGACUAGACCCAGCUUCAUCUACACCAUCAUCUUUAGCAUGACUAGACCCAGCCUCAUCUACACCACCAUCUCUAGCAUGACUAGGCCCAGCCUCAUCUAAACCACCAUCCAUAGCAUGACUAGACCCAGCCUCAUCUAUACCACCAUCUAUAGCAUGACUAGGCCCAGCAUCUGCUGCCUGUGUCUCAUGGCCCCCUGCACAUUGACCUCGAUUUCCCCCACUGGCGCUUGUACCCUCACCUUGUCUACGGCCUUUAUGUGGGCAUGCCAAGCUCUUAUGCCCCAAAUCCCCACACUCAAAGUACCGUAGACUAUCUGUGCUGGCAAACCCUGCAUAGAGCCCCUCCCCAUGCCUCACUUUAAAAUGCACAUUUAACUGUUGCUCAUUGUUAAUCAGAAACAUGAACACUUGCCUCUGGAACGAAACAACAUGCCUGAAAACAUGCCGACAGUACCCAAAAACCGCUAGCAAACUUACCAAAACGACUCAGCUCUUUUCUGAUUUGAUCAUCCGUAAUAAAUGGAGGCAAAUUUCCAACUACCACCCUAGGCGAAGUGGUAGAAAGAGGAGAAAUUGGCACCAACACACCCCUUACAAAUAUUCCACUAGCAAUGAGCCUACCCACCAAAUUUGCUCUUUUCAUGAACACAACCACAGCUUUGUUCAUUCUGGAAGCGGAAUGUAUAAAUUCAGCUCUUACCUGUUCGCCGACCGCGAGCAGAACCUCCUCCACCUUAAUUCCAUUCUCAGGAACACACCUGAAUCCAUGCCGUAACGACAGCGUCUACUCCGCGCUAGGCUGCGAAGCCAUCAUGCAGACCACACUGUUCAAAACCCCAGGAAACUAAAACUCUGUCCUCUUCCUCCCUAACUUUGAAAAACAACCAGUGGGUACCACUAAUACAAACAGUGCAUUAACCCACCAACAUAAAAAUAAAAAAUGAAAGAAAAGACCAAGGAAAGAAUCAAGAAAAUAAGUUAGGACAGAGCCCUCCACACAAACUCUCAAACUCCAAAAAACUCCCAGCAUACACAGAGAGAGAGAGAGAGAGAGAGAGAGACAUGCAGGUCACAUCGGAGCAUUAAGACCCAAAAGUUCCUCUCCUGUCCUGGGAAACCAGCCAAUUGUAACAGCUCUGAAAAAAGGUGUUGAAGAUUUAAUGUACAUUAACUGGAGGAAGUGUAUAUUAAACACUGGCAUCUUAAAUAGGGCUCCCUAUUAACACUUCAAAACUGGAUUAUGAAUCACCAAUAACUAAGCACUGUAAUUUUGGGUGGGGAAUAUCAGUCAUCGUUGCCAUCAAAGGGUUUAUUAGGCCCAUAAGGAGAUGGAGGAGAGCAAUGUGGGUCUUGUCAUGGACGUUGUGUUAGGAUGUUGAGUUAGCGUGGCGCUAAGCGAGAGAGAGUCGCUAAUUAGAAUGGGACCUGCUUCAUUUGAGGGGAGAGGGAUCAGACGCGGUGAAGGUUGCUUACAAGGACAAUUAGUGGGUUGACUCUCCCUCCCUCCAUCUCUCUCCUUGCUCUGUACCUCUCUCUCUCGCUCUCUCUCUCUCCCCACUUCCUCUGGCAGGACAUGUAAUUGACUGGACUGCCCUAUCCAGUCACCUGGCUCUGCGAUUAUGAGCCAAUGACUGUUACCAUUAGAGCAGGGCGCCUGUAUGUGAUACCAGAUAGUUUAAGAGCCCAUGUCGUUGAAACACAGGAAAGCCCCCGAGGUGAGACAUAGUGCAUGCGCUCAUCUAACCAUUUUUAAUGUCUCUUGGGAAGUUUUGGGUACUGUUGUGGCUGACGGCAGGACUUUGAAGACUGGUCUGUUUCCCUGCAUUCCUGUGGAGCAACUCACUGUGGGACUUCCAGACACAAAACUACCCAGUUUACUCCCCCUCUUAUGUCAUUAUCGUUAUUUCACUCCCCCUAUUACUAUCAUUAUUUCACUCAUCUUAUACUGGAAGUAUCAGUGUCUGGCCCUGUAAUUGCAAUCAAGUCAUCACUUGAUCAUAAUGACCCGAUGACCAGAUUGCGUGCCUGCCUGCCUGUGUGUGUCUCUCUCUCCCUGUCACCAACCGCUGGCUGGCCAGACUGCAGUGCGGUGUUCCCAACCAGAGAGGAGUACCGCUUCUGUAAGCCUCAAUGAAAAGCAAAUGAAGGCAGAGGGACAGAGGCAGUGACAGGAGGCACAGUGCAAACACACACACACCCAGCUGUCUCACGCUUAUGUGUAUUUGAGUAUGUUAAUCAUUUCUGUAUCUGUUUGUGUGUCCUAUUUCCUCUGCAGGUGUACACACGUAGUUGCAAGUGUGUAUAGUCAUCUAUCCCUUUUAUAGUGGGCUAGGGGGAUAGAUAAAUGGUAUGCUCUGGCUCGUAGCCGUGUGUGCAGAACAGCUGGCAUCGCAUGUGGAGAGGAGAGGCAAACACUCCUUUCUUCCUAUUGUGUACAGUCAAACACACAUAUACACACACACACACAUACGCACACAUGCAUACACACACGUAUUCAGUCCAGGCAUUGCCUAAAUCGCACAGGCUCCCUCCUGUCUCUGAGCUGAAUGGGUAAUCUUUGGGCCUCUGCCAGACAUCUUGGAGACGUCUUUCUUUACCCAAGCUAAGCAGAUGAACACUGACAUUGACGGGCGCAACAAUCUCCACACCUGCAUGAUUGAAUGGGCUUCUCCAGCUGUAAUUAAGAAAGCACUUUGAGACUGAAUUCUAUUGGACAUUCAACGUCAUAGAAUCAAAGAAUUGUGUCAAAACUAAAUUAUAAUCCAGCAUUCCUUUACUCCUUUACCUGGGUAAUGCAAUACUACAUUUUUACUUGUUGACAUACUUUAUCACAUACUUUACUGUAUAUAGCCUACUUUACUGUUUUAGGGUUCAAACUGAAGUUAGGGUUCAAAUCGGAGUCAUCAGCGACAACAAGCAGCUGCUUGAAUUCCCUCAAGUGGGGGGGGGGGGGGCACAAGCAUUUUUGGGGGCGGGCCCGGCCCCCUAUGGCCCGCCCAUAGCGACGGGUGUGGGUAUAGACCAACCCUAUUUCAAUAAAUGUCAGAGCUCUGGAUUUAGACACUAAAGACCAUGUCAAUAGAGCCUAAUUCCACGUGAUGGCUUUAGCUAAACCCAUGUGAAACACAGAUGAAGGCAAGGGGAUCAGAGAGAACAGGCCAAUGUACAUCACAGCUCAGACAUUUCUUGGAUGGAUGGACAACAAGCUGAACGGAUCAGAGAUGCUAUUUUAGGUCGGUGGCUCAGAGACAGAAUGUGGGAUGGCGUGGGACUGGGAUAUUCUAAUGGGAAGGCUCUGGGAAGGCUCCGGAACACUAAGAACCCCACUAGGGACUGUUGUGACCUUCAGCCUGCAUGAUGCCCUGGCUUUCCACUGCACACACUGCAUCAACAAGUACUGUACACACUUCAAAUCAAAUCAAAUCAAAUUGUAUUGGCCACAUGCGCCGAAUACAACAGGUGCAGACAUUAUAGUGAAAUGCUUACUUACAGCCCUUAACCAACAGUGCAUUUAUUUUUAAUAAAAAAGUAAAAUAAAACAACAACAAAAAAGUGUUGAGAAAAAAAGAGCAGAAGUAAAAUAAAAUAACAGUAGGGAGGCUAUAUAUACAGGGGGGUACCGGUGCAGAGUCAAUGUGCGGGGGCACCGGCUAGUUGAGGUAGUUGAAGUAAUAUGUGGGUAGAGUUAAAGUGACUAUGCAUAAAUAAUUAACAGAGUAGCAGCAGCGUAAAAAGAUGGGGUGGGGGGGCAGUGCAAAUAGUCUGGGUAGUCAUGAUUAGCUGUACAGGAGUCUUAUGGCUUGGGGGUAGAAGCUGUUGAGAAGUCUUUUGGACCUAGACUUGGCACUCCGGUACCGCUUGCCGUGCGGUAGCAGAGAGAACAGUCUAUGACUAGGGUGGCUGGAGUCUUUGACAAUUUUGAGGGCCUUCCUCUGACACCGCCUGGUAUAGAGGUCCUGGAUGGCAGGAAGCUUGGCCCCAGGGAUGUACUGGGCCGUACGCACUACCCUCUGUAGUGCCUUGCGGUCGGAGGCCAAGCAGUUGCCAUACCAGGUGGUGAUGCAACCAGUCAGGAUGCUCUCGAUGGUGCAGCUGUAGAAUUUUUUGAGGAUCUGAGGACCCAUGCCAAAUCUUUUCAGUCUCCUGAGGGGGAAUAGGCUUUGUCGUGCCCUCUUCACGACUGUCUUGGUGUGUUUGGACCAUGAUAAUUUGUUGGUGAUGUGGACACCAAGGCACUUGAAGCUCUCUACCUGUUCCACUCCAGCCCCGUCGAUGAGAAUGGGGGUGUGCUCUGUCCUCUUUUUUUUCCUGUAGUCCACAAUCAUCUCCUUUGUCUUGGUCACGUUGAAGGAGAGGUUGUUAUCCUGGCACCACAUGGCCAGGUCUCUGACCUCCUCCAUAUAGGCUGUCUCAUCGUUGUCGGUGAUCAUGCCUACCACUGAUGUCGUCGGCAAACUUAAUGAUGGUGUUGAAGUCGUGCCUGGCCAUGCAGUCAUGGGUGAACAGGGAGUACAGGAGGGGACUGAGCACGCACCCCUGAGGGGCCCCCGUGUUGAGGAUCAGUGUGGCAGAUGUGUUGUUACCUACCCUUACGACCUGGGGGCGGCCCGUCAGGAAGUCCAGGAUCCAGUUGCAGAGGGAGGUGUUUAGUCCCAGGAUCCUUAGCUUAGUGAUGAGCUUUGAGGGCACUAUGGUGUUGAAUACUGAGCUGUAGUCAAUGAAUAGCAUUCUCACGUAGGUGUUCCUCUUGUCCAGGUGGGAAAGGGCAGUGUGGAGUGCAAUAGAGAUUGCAUCAUCUGUGGAUCUGUUGGGGCGGUAUGCAAAUUGGAGUGGGUCUAGGGUUUCUGGGAUAAUGGUGUUGAUGUGAGCCAUGACCAGCCUUUCAAAGCACUUCAUGGCUACAGACGUCAGUGCUACGGGUCGGUAGUCAUUUAGGCAGGUUAUCUUAGUGUCCUUGGGCACGGGGACUAUGGUGGUCUGCUUGAAACAUGUUGGUAUUACAGACUCAGUCAGGGACAUGUUGAAAAUGUCAGUGAAGACACUUGCCAGUUGGUCAGCACAUGCUCGGAGUACACGUCCUGGUAAUCCGUCUGACCCUGUGGCCUUGUGAAUGUUGACCUGCUUAAAAGUCUUACUCACAUCGGCUACGGAGAGCGUGAUCACAUAGUCAUCCGGAACAGCUGGUGCUCUCAUGCAUGCUUCAGUGUUGCUUGCCUCGAAGCGAGCAUAGAAGUGGUUUAGCUCGUCUGGUAGGCUUGUGUCACUGGGCAGCUUGCGGCUGUGCUUCCCUUUGUAGUCUGUAAUAGUUUUCAAGCCCUGCCACAUCCGACGAGCGUCAGAGCCGGUGUAGUACGAUUCAAUCUUAGUCCUGUAUUGACUCUUUGCCUGUUUGAUGGUUCGUCGGAGGGCAUAGCGGGAUUUCUUAUAAGCGUCCGGGUUAGAGUCCCGCUCCUUGAAAGCGCCAGCUCUACCCUUUAGCUCAGUGCGGAUGUUUUCUGUAAUCCAUGGCUUCUGGUUGGGGUAUGUACGUACGGUCACUGUGGGGACGACAUCAUCGAUGCACUUAUUGAUGAAGCCAGUGACUGAUGUGGUGUACUCCUCAAUGCUAUCUGAAGAAUUCCGGAACAUGUUCCAGUCUGUGCUAGCAAAACAGUCCUGUAGCUUAGCAUCUGCGUCAUCUGACCACUUUUGUAUUAACCGAAUCACUGGUGCUUCCUGCUUUAGUUUAUGCUUAUAAGCAGGAAUCAGGAGGAUAGAGUUAUGGUCAGAUUUGCCAAAUGGAGGGCGAGGGAGAGCUUUGUAUGCGUCUCUGUGUGUGGAGUAAAGGUGGUCUAGGGUUGCACAUUUAACACGCUGGUAGAAAUUAGGUAGAAUGGAUUUAAGUUUCCCUGCAUUAAAGUCCCCGUCCACUAGGAGCGCUGCCUCUGGAUGAGCAUUUUCCUGUUGACUUAUGGCCUUAUACAGCUCAUUCAGUGCAAUCUUAAUGACAGCAUUGGUUUGUGGUGGUAAAUAGACAGCUAUGAAAAAUAUAGAUGAAAACUCUCUUGGUAAAUAGUGUGGUCUACAGCUUAUCAUAAGAUACUCUACCUCAGGCGAGCAAAACCUAGAGACUUCCUUAGUAUUUGAUUUUGUGCACCAGCUGUUGUUUACAAAUAUACACAGACCGCCACCCCUUGUCUUACCGGAGACAGCCGUUCUAUCCUGCCGAUGCUAGCUGUAUGUUGUCCAUGUCGUCGUUCAGUCACGACUCUGUGAAACAUAAGAUAUUAUAGUUUUUAAUGUCCCGUUGGUAGGAUAACCGUAAUCUUAGGUCAUCCAAUUUAUUCUCAAAUGAUUGAAGAUUGGCUAAUAGGAUUGAUGGGAGAGGCAGUUUACUCGCUCGCCGUCGGAUCCUUACAAGGCACCCCGACCUACGUCCACGAUAUCUCCGUCUCUUCCUCAUGCGAAUGACGGGGAUUUGGGCCUUGUCGGGUGUCUGUAGGAUAUCCUUCGCGGCCGCCUCGUUGAAGAAAAAAUCUUUGUCCAAUACGAGGUGAGUAAUCGCUGUCCUGAUAUCCAGAAGCUCUUUUUUGGUUAUAAGAGACGAUGGCAGAAACAUUAUGUACAAAAUAAAUUACAAAUAACGCAGAAAAACGCACAUAAUAGUACAAUUGGUUAGAGGGCUGUAAAUAAUGUAUGUCAACAUUUACACACGUCAUAGUGUAUGUAACAAGUGCACAUGUCAUAUAGGUUAACUCAAGUACACAUGCUAAACACACGCGUUUGAAUACCUUAACAAGUAAGUUAAGUGGGGUCCAUUGCUAGGCUGUUGAUCUAGGGUAACCCCUUUGUCAUUUUUUACCCAACCAUGGAAUGUUCAGAGUCAGAAUCUGUCAUUAUUUCCAUUUGUUUCAGCCUGUGUUUAAGAUGGAGGAGAUUGGAGGGGGGAGUCCUGCCCUCAGGGCAAUUAUCAACUUGAAUAAAGAACAUUGGGUUUUCUAUUACAGGAAAAUCUUUCUGACAUGACCUCUGUUUUAAAUAUUACUGUACAGAUCUCCUAGAGAUAUUUCAACUUUUUUUCUUAAAACAGGACCAGAAUAGAACUCAAAAUAAAACGGAAUAAAAUGUUAACAUAAUUCUAUAAGACACCACCAAAUCCAAUGGUCCAGAUCAGCAUCAUGUAAUAUAAACAUUAGACAGAAAUAAAAAUAUUAAAUAGAUAGACGUAGACCAACUCAACAGUGUUCGCUAAACUGUUCCAUUUAAUUAUGUUCAUAAACUCCAAUUCAAUAGCAGAGUUAUGCAACUAAACACAGAUCUGUUGUCAGACAACAUAGCAGCCAUAAGCUCUACAGUGUCCUGAUAAAGAUGCCUUCCAAAUGAACUGUACAUGGAUGCUCCAUUACUCUGCGCCCCAGAUCAUCCCUAAGUACUAAUAAAGCACAGCUCUAAUUAUAUCCCCACUUAAUUGAUUCUGUAGCUCGUCGGAGGCUCAUUUCAGGGGCUGGCCCUGUUGCUUGGCCUGUGACAGAGUCUGUGUCACGGUUUCGGCCGAGGCUGCUCCUCCUCCUUGUUCGGGCAGGUUUCGGCGGUCGUCGUCCCCGGAGUACUAGCUGCCACCGAUCUAUGUUUCAUGUUCGUUUGGUUUUGUCUUGAUGUUGUACACCUGUGUCUAGUUAGUCCUCAUUAGUGUCCUAUUUAGUUCUCGUUGUGUGUGUCAGGUGUUGUGUGUGAUUGCUCUUCUGUUUGGUGUUCUGAGCUACGUGUUUCCCUCCGUUGUUUUGGAGAGGUUUUCGCACAUGUUAGUGCGCCUAUUGUUUGACGCCUGUGUGCGCCUUUCUUCUCGCCUCCGGGCUUGUUUGCUCGUGUACUACGUGAAUAUUUCACUAAAGUCUUUUGGACUGAGUUUCUGCGUCCUGCGCUUGAUUCCUGCACCACACCCACCUUCAGCACCCCUGACAGUCUGGCCUACUGUAGCCAAAGCUCUGAGCUCUAUGGCAAUUAUAUUUAGUACAGCCAGAGACAAACAGGACCUGAAAACUCACCACUAUUAUACAAUAACAUUCAGACCAUGGCAGGGCAAUGCAGGGCAGGGCUUCAUUCCCCACCGCCACCUCUGUCCCUAAAGGGUAUACAAAGAGGCAAAAAUAGUGUAUUUUUAUUAUUAUCAUCAUAGCUUCUGAUAAAAUAUUUCUGCUAAAGUUAGAAGUUAUUUUGAGCAAGGAGGGGGUGGUCAGUGAGUGUGCUCCGUACAUCCUGGUUGCAGUAAAGAGGUGCCCGGCGUGUUCAGGACAGGUUGAUUUGUACACAGAGGCUAGAUGGAGAGAUAGGGACCUGGCCGCCACUGGAGCUGCAGUACAGUCAGUGGAGAGGGUGGUCAGUGGAAGGGGACACAGUUCUAGAGUCAGAGAGAGAGCUUCCUGCAGCAUCGGAAAUACCAGCCUUAAGAUCAGAGGCUUGACUCAGAUUACAGACACAGAAAUACACACACACAGACACACACACACACACACACAUCAACACACAUCAAUCAAAAAUGCACACAGUAAACACAAAUAUAAACAAAGCUCAUGAGAGUAAACACAUGACAUACCCUCCCUCACUCGCUCAUAACCACACGCACACACACUCCCCUGGGAGCGGGGCUGAAUUCUUCCUAGUCUGACGCCCUCCUCCUCUUGCUUGGGAAAAGGAAGUGUGUUCUUGUGUAAUCUUAGAAAACAGUGACCAGGGGCUAGCAGUUCAGCGGCUGCCAACCGCAGAGGUCAGGCCUAAGUGAGCCUCUCAGUUUUAUGGCCUAGCAAACAAAAGAGGACAGGGUAACUUUCACAUGCAGUAACUACACACACACACGGCUGUCCUUUUGUCCUUCUCACAGAAAACACUAGGACAUAAUGUAUGUCGCUUUGUAUUAAACCUACCCACAGUCCACAUGUCACUAGUGUUGCUUUAGAUCAGUCUCGGUGGAUGGAUCUAACUGUUUCCAAUACAGAGACUGGGCUAUUAGCAUUAAUCACAGUCAUUGUAAAUACUUCAGCGUUGUAAAUAAAAACCAGCCAGUAGAACAGACCGGAUGGCUGCUGGCCAGUCUGCCACAGCUGUUGGAGUGACAUCAUUUCAUCAACCCAAAUAUUCUAACGCUGAUGACAUCAUUUUUAGGAAUGAUGGCUUGGAGAAAGAUGCUAUUGGACCUCUGGAUGUGUGUCUUUGAUAUACAGUAUAGACCCAUGAUGGUUAUAGCCUGGUCAUUUUCAGCCAACCUGUCCAAGCUCAUAUCGUAAAGUGAGAAGAUGUGGAAUGAUCUUCUUUGUUGUAGUGUUCAGUGUGGUUUCUUUAGUUCCAGCCUGGUUCCAUGUCUCCAUAUGCCAAUUUCUCUGUGAUGUGCAUUUAUUGUAAGGCAAGCUGACUGUACAUAUAGCGUAUGUAGAAAAAUAUCUGCUUUGUCAAGGUGCUACUUGACUUCAGUAGGAUCAGACUGUCGUCAUGGUUACGUUUGAUUUGAUGGGAGAGAGAGAGAGAGAGAGACUUAAAUAUCAGAAGCAGCGAUCCUUUCAUCCUUGUUGAUCACUAUCACUUCAGUAUGUGGGAGUUGUGGUCCUCAGGAAGAAAGCCCAGAAGUCAUAAUAUCUCUUACAUAACAGCAAGCUUCGAACAUUGACAGAAUUCAAACUAUUCAACAUCAGCAAAUAUGUUUAAUAUAGUGUAUUAGGUAUAGAAUUUUUUUUAAAUUGUGAUGGGAGGAGGGCUGCAGUGCACACCCCCAAUCAUGUAUUAUGAAUGGUAUUUCCAUGCUAUUACUUUAUUAGGUAACACUUUACUUGACACCCAGUGUGAUAACACGUUAUGACACUGUCAUAAUAUGUCAUAACAGCUGACAUAACUUGUCAUAACCUGUCAUAAUAUGGUCAUAACACUGUCAUGACCCAUAUAUUUACACCUGUUGUGACAUAUAUUGGGUUAUUUUAUGGCUGAUUAUGACACCUACAAAAGAGUGUCAAAACCAACAUUUAUUCAAAUAAUUUGUUCCCUACGAAGAAGUUUACUUUCAUUUGAAAGUUUGUCUCUUAAAUCCUUUGUUUUUGAUGUAAUUAAUUAUUUCCAGUCAAGCAUUAUGACCAUCCUGUGUCACUUUACUUGGACUAAGAAAAUACACUUUAUGACACUGCCAGGAAGCAUUGUGACCAUCAUAAUCAUAUAAGCCAGAUAGUCCUAUCACGUACAUGCCCUUAUAUCAGUCAUCAGUCAAAAGAGGGUGUCUUGUCCUGCUCCUGAAAUCUGUUCCUGCAUUCAUCCCAGUCAUCAGCAACAGAGCAUUGGAGUAGGUGCAUGUCUGACAUCAAUGUGUGCGCAAUUACAGUGAUAAUUUAACAUGGUCAAUGUUAUAUCAAAAUGUUACAUAACAUAAACAUACUGUUGACAGGUAGGCUAUGGUGUAAUGGAAUGUUUUACCUUCUGUGGUAGGUUUUGUGGGUUUUGACACUUAUGUAGGUGUCAUAACCAGCCAUAAAAUAACCCAAUAUGUCACAACAGGUGUAAAUAUAUGUGUCAUGACAGUGUUAUGACCAUAUUAUGACAGGUUAUAACAAGUAAUGUCAGCUGUUAUUACAUAUUAUGACAUAAUAAUAAUAAUAAGCCAUUUAGCAGACGCUUUUAUCCAAAGCGACUUACAGUCAUGUGUGCAUACAUUUUUACGUAUGGGUGGUCCCGGGGAUCGAACCCACUACCCUGGCGUUACAAGCGCCAUGCUCUACCAAUUGAGCUACAGACGUGUUAUGACGCUGGGUGUCAAGUAAAGUGUUACCCUUUAUUACAUAGACACAAAGCAGAAGCGGUUUCACAUUCUAGAGGGAAAAAAACUAAACUUAAGUCUGCAUUGUGAUAGUCUAUGACACAUAGUCGCUUUAAGAUAUUUGGGGGUGGGGGUGCUGCGAUGUUUUUAGCCGAUGGCUAUAUCGAUCCGCUAAUACAGGACUAUUCCCGUGGCUAUGCUAUGACAUCAUGCACAUAAGCCAGAGUCUUGGGCUAGGGACGGGUCAUCCAAGAAAAACAUUUAAUUCCCAUUAACAGCCAAGAAUGCCUAUCUCCUGGUUUUUUUAUAAACCAGAGCUAAGCGGUCCAGGAAGGUUGCUAAGGGGAUCAUGGGUCCUGUAUCUUCGCUCUUGUGUGAAAGUCAUUAGUUGUUUACAUUUCUUUCCAUCUUUCGUUCAACUGUGAAUUAAUGCAGCGAAGCGGUGGACCUCUCCAGGGGUUUUCACAUUAAAAAGAUUCUAAUCAAACACCUACGCUGUAAAUGGAACCUAUUACCACUAAUGACUUACCUAGGAAUGAAUCCUGAUGAAGCCUUGGAGUGGAGAACUAUUAGCACCGCAGGUUUCUGUCAUCAUCCAUGGUGCUUUAAGGGUCAUCAUUAGUGUUAUUAUUGUUCCAUUGCUGCUUUGAAACAAUGGCCGCCUUUUACAAGAUGAUGUGAUAGGGUCUUCAGGAGAGGGUCGGACCACAUGGUGUUUGUUGGUGUUUUAGAGAUAGGUACCAUAGGGGAAUAAUUAGACUUUCAAGGUACAUUUAUUGUAAAUGUCUGAAUGUGUUCCUGAGUGAGCUCUAAUGACAAAAAUGUGUUGAUUGUUUUUGUAGUAGUAUCAGUAAAGAUAGUGUCAAUAUUAAUCAUUUUGUCAAGGAAAGUGAGAACAUGAAUGUGUGGCAUCUGGAUAUUGGAGGGAAUAGUAUAAAGCACACACAUUGUUCUGUAUUACAUAAAAAUACAUGCUCAUUAUGUAGCCUGUGGGGAGGGAAGUUCACCAUGUUCUUGGUUGAGGCCUAACUGUCUUAGAGAGUUUCCUUGUUUAUUUUGAUGGGCUGAUAAAUGUCUGCUACAACUAAUUUUAACUAUCAAGUUUGACUACAUAGGGAAAAUAUGCCCUCAUGACCGGAGUCUGAGGUUUGGAAAUCUCUGUCUGGUCACUCCAUAGACAUUAAAACCAGGGUCACUCUAGUCUAGUACCUUCAGGCAACGUCAUGGGAUCAACCACACUCUCUUAAGGGGGAGGGGAUACUUUAGCUCAUUUAAAGUUAAUAUUUUACAUCAGAUGUUACAUUUCUACUAGUUGUCACAGUGUGUUAAAUACUUUAUGAAUACCAUGGCAUGCUUUCAAAGUCAACAGCCUUGGUCAUCCAUGAUAUAAUUUUGGAAACCUCCCCUCUGGGGUGAGUGUUAAGUGCAGUUGGUAUGGUCCAGGCAGGAGAGGGAAAGUGGAAACGCUUUACUGAUUUCACUAUGAUGCCCUAAAUGACCAAGAGAACUGGACUUGUCUUCAAUAUUUGAUUUGGAUUGGAUUUGUAUAAUUUGUAUGUAUUUUAUGAGUUAAAUAUCUGACAACAUUACAGCACCAUGUUGAUUACAAGUAAGUAACAACUUUUAUUCUGUUUACUUCAGUACUACUAUAACAAAUUCAAGGACAGUGACAAAUAUCAACUUAGAUGUAUUAACAUAUUCAGAGAGCCAGUAACCUGAUAGGAUGUCAGCUGUGAGGUUCAUGAGGCUGAUGCUCAAGAUGAGGUGAGGAGUUCAGAUGAUGUGAGGUGUUAUGCAACACCACAUGAGCAUCAGUCCUCUAGUCUAAUACAUAUGGUAGCCUAUAUAAUUUUGCAACAGGCUUUUAAAAUAUACUUAUUUAACUGUAAAUGAAACAUUUAGACUAUGUUUUCGCAUAGAUUUAAAAGUUAUGUUUUUGUUUACUCUAAAAUUAAGAAAAUGUAUACUAUAAAGAACGUCCACAUAAAAUAUUCAAAUGACAUCUUAAGAAUGUAGGCCUACAGAGUACAAAUUGAAUAUUUUAUGUCUGUCCUGAAGGUUUGAAUGUUAUGUGGGAGAGUGUUUUAUUGUAUUCUUCAUGCAGGUGCCUGUAAAUUGUUUAAAUUAAUGUCAGUGAAAAUGUUAGAGUAUGUAAUAUAAUGGAUUUCUUGCCUACUCCAUACAUCUUCAUAGCGCUUAGGCUGCAAAAUUAGUAGCUACAGAUUGUACGCCAUAUAAUGUGAUAUAACCAAAGAUUUUUGGUGUCCAUUACUGAGCGUUACAGGAAAGCCCCAUACACACCACCGCCAUAGAUUUUUCAACUAACCUGCUCUUGGCAUUACUUUCUUUGUUGUCGAUUCUGUGAAAAAAUUGAAAUGUCAGUUGCUGGUGGUUCUACAAAAACCAGCGAAAACUCAGAAAUAAAUUAAAUCCAUGUUCCUCGCCAUCUUAGCUGCCGCACAUCUAGCAUUUCCCAGCAUUUUAGCAGGAACUAGUUGUUUCUAUACAAUGCGGCCGUGGCCAUGUAUAGAAGUAGAUGACAGAGCGUCACACAGUGUUACCAAAACAUGUAUUUAAUAUCUUUCUGAAUUUUCUAUGGUUAUUUUAGAACCACCUGCAUGUGGUGAGUGAUUUGAAGGAGUCAGGCGCAGGAGGGCAAAUCACUGUGACGAGUACUGAGGAUACGAAGAGGUAGGACGCAGAUGCAGGAAUCAACAAUGUAAAGGUUUACUUAACACUGGGCGAGAGAACAACAAAGAGCGAGUACACGACAUGACACUAACAAUCACACACAACACAACACUGAACAGUUCAGGACUAUAUAGGGGUGGUGAUGAGAUGAUGAGGUGCAGGUGCGCUGGAGGUGAAUGGGUUUCCAUUCCGGUGUUGCCGAGGUGGUGCGCUCAGACCGGUGGUUCAGUAGACCGGCGAAUCAGAGCGCCGGAGGGGAGCAACGGGAGGAGACGUGACAAUCACAGAAUAAAAGGUUUAUUCCGAAACACAGUAGUACGCAGCAAUGCGUCAAACACUCCAGUGUGGAAAACAGGCGCACUGGAAAACAAUGAAGCACACGGGUGAAAAUAACCCGGCGAUACAAAAUACAAAGACCUCCACCGAGCUAAUCGAACCUCCACAGUAAACAAUCACACACAAAGACAAGGGGGCAGAGGGAACACUUAUACAGGUACUGAUGAGGGGAUAUGAACCAGGUGUGUGUAAUAAACAAGACAAAACCAAUGGAAUGAUGAGAUGAGGAGCGGCAGUGGCUAGAAGGCCGGUGACAACGAACGCCGAAGCCUGCCCGAACAAGGAGAGGAGGCAGCUUCGGAGGACAUCAUGACAGUACCCCCCCCCCCCCCCCCCCCCCUUGACGCGCAGCUCCAGCAGCGCGCCGACACCGGCCUUGGGGACGGCCGAGAGGAUUCGGAGCAGGGCGAGACAGAUGGCGACGGUGGAAAUCCCGCAACAGGGAGGAUCGAGGAUAUCCCUCACCGGGACCCAGCACCACUCCUCCGGACCGUACCCCUCCCAAUCCACGAGGUACUGAAGGCCCCACACCCAAUGCCUCGAAUCCAGGAUGGAACAGACAGAGUAUGCCAGGGCCCCCUCAAUGUCCAGGGGGGGCGGAGGGACCUCCCGCACCUCAGACUCCUGGAGCGGACCAGCCACCACCAGCCUGAGGAGGGACAUAUGACCUCGUUUAUUCUCCUCAGGACUUUGAGCGGCCCCACAAACUGCGGGCUCAGCUUCCGGCAGGGCAGGCGGAGGGACAGAUUCCGGGUCGAAAGCCAGAUCUGAUCACCCGGUACAAAGACCGGGGCCUCACUGCGGAGGUGGUCAGCGUUAGCCUUCUGGCGUGGACGUGAGCAGCGUUCCACGUCUCCUCCGCACGCCGAAUCCAGUCAUCCACCGCAGGAGCUUCGGUCUGGCUCUGAUGCCAGUUCCACAACGACCAGGAUGGUUGUGUUACCCUGAGAGAGGGGAAGAUCAGUGAGAAAGUCAAUACACAGGUGGGACCAUGGCCGUUGUGGAACUGGUAAAGGCUGUAACUUACCCGCUGGGAGGUGCCUAGGUGCCUUGCUCUGGGCGCACACUGAGCAGGAGGAGACAUACACCCUCACGUCCUUAGCCAAGAUAGGCCACCAGUACUGCAGCUCAGCUGGGCACUGAGGUGGAGAUGGCUCUGUGUCCGCGUCCAUCGCCCAUACUACUGGCGCCACAAUGCAUGAGGCCGGGAGUAUGGGGGAGUUGUCUAUUGGCCUCUCCUCUGUGUCGUACAGCCGUGACAGUGCGUCUGCCUUUACGUUCUUCGUACCCAGGAUGUAAGACCGUGUAAAAUCAAACCGAAUGAAGAAUAAGGCCCACCUGGCCUGGUGAGGGUUCAGCCUCCUCGCUGCCUGGAUGUACUCCAGGUUAUGGUGGUCCGUCCAGAUGAGGAAAGGGUGUUUCGCCCCCUCGAGCCAGUGCCUCCACACGGUCAGGGCUCUGAUAACAGCCAACAACUCCCGAUCACCAACGUCGUAGUUCUGCUCCACCGGGUUGAGCUUCUUGGAGAAGAAGGCACAGUGGCGGAGCUUGGGUGGCGUGCCCGAGCGUUGAGAUAGGACACCGCCUAUCCCUACCUCGGACGCAUCCACCUCCACUACGAACGGUAGUGAUGGAUCGGGAUGGGCCAGUACCGGGGCUGAGGUGAACAGAAGCCUCACGUUACUGAAGGCCCUGUCAGCCUUAGCAGACCAGCGGAGCCGGGACGGCCCACCCUUCAACAGAGAUGUGAUGGGAGCUGCGACCUUGCCAAAUCCCCGGAUAAACCUCUGAUAGCAGUUGGCAGCGCCAAUAAAGCGUUGCACCUCCUUUACCGUGGUUGGAGUCGGCCAAUUACGCACGGCUGUAAUGUCCCGAAACACCUUGUUCACAAAGGACUGGAAGACGGAUGGAGCAUUCAUCAAACCGUACGGCAUCACCAGGUAUUCGUAAUGCCCCGUGGUUGUGCUGAAUACUGUCUUCCACUCGUCCCCCUCUGACACGCACCAGGUUGUACAUACUCCGGAGAUCUAAUUUUGUGAAGAAGCGUGCCCCAUGCAUUGACUUGAUUACCAAUGGAAUGAGGGGUAGAGGAUAACUAUAACGUAUUGUCCCCUUGUUCAGUGCUCGGUAAUCAAUGCACGGGCGCAGACCUCCUUUUUUCUUCUUCACAAAAAAUAAACUUGAGGAGGCGGGCAAAGUGGAGGGAUGUAUGAACCCCUGGCGCAGGGACUCGGAGACAUAUGUCUCCAUCGCCUCCGUUUCAGCCUGCGACAGGGGAGACACAUGACUCCUGGGAGGCACAGCAUCGACCAGGAGGUUUAUCGCACAAUCCCCCGACCGAUGAGGUGGUAAUUUGGUCGCCUGUGUUUUGGAAAAUGUGUGCGCCAAAUUGAGGUAUUCGGGGGAAUGCGCACGGUGGAGGUAGUGUCUGGACUUUCCACCGUGGUUGCACCAAUGGAAACAGCUAGACACCUACCCUGACACUCUCUCGACCACCCUGUGAGAACCCUCUGCAGCCAUGAAAAGGUUGGGUUGUGUAGUGCUAACCAGGGAAGACCCAGCACAACAGGAAAAUCGGGAGACUUUAAAAAUAAAAAUGUGACGUGCGUAACCAUCGUGACUGGUGCUGUAACUUUCCUAACGAAUCCUGACCCUAAUGGCCGACUGUCAAGUGCUUUGAUGGGCAGUGGAAGGGAUAGGGGUACCAAUGGAAUAACUAGACUAUGAGCAAAAACCUGUCCAUAAAGUUCCCAGCUGCGCCUGAAUCGACCUGCGCCUUACACUGGGAAACUACUGUGUAAUCAGGGAAGGUGACGUGUAUAGUGCAGUGCGCAGCAGAGGGCUCUGAACGAGUGUGGGUUUGCGCUACCUGGGGUGACGCGAGAGUGCCCUGCCUGCCGCCUCCUGACCCGGAAUAACCCUGACGACAGCGUGCAGCAGAAUGUCCUCUCCUGCCACAAGAGUGACACUGGAGCUGCCAUCCUCCGUUCUCCCGGAUCGCUGCACCACCCAGCUCCAUCGGAACUGAAUCCGGGUUGAAGGGAGUUGGAACGGGCAGGCCCCCUCCAGGACGUCCUCUUUCAGCGAGCAGGUUGUCCAACCGGAUGGCCAUGUCCACCAGCUUGUCUAAAGUCAACAUGGUAUCCCGGCAGGCUAGCUCCCUUCAGACGUCCUCUCGCAGGCUGCACCAGAAACGGUCGAUGAGGGCCUGCUCGUUCCACCCGGACCCAGCCGCUAGAGUAUGAAACUCCAGGGCAAAGUCCUGCGUGGUCCUCGUCCCCUGCCUCAGUUGGACCAGCCGCUCGCCCGCAUCUCUUCCUUCGGGCGGGUGGUCGAAGACUGCCCGGAAGAGGCGAGCAAACUCCCUGUAGUUGUCCAACGUGGCUCCCCCUUCACUCCAAACUGUGUUGGCCCACUCCAGGGCUUUCCCCGAGAGACAGGAGAUGAGGGCAGACAUCUUCUCCCGCUCUGAUGGAGCCGGGCUGAUGGUUGUGAAGUAGAGGUCCAGCUGCAGGAGGAAUCCCUGGCAGCGGGCAGCUGUCCCGUCCGUCUGGGUGCUGGGGUGUGGGUGGCUGGAUCCGGUUGCUCAGCUGGUCUCGAAGGAUUGGGUCCUCUCCUGUUCAGGCAUUGGACGGCCUGGAGAACCCGAUCCAUCGCUUCCUCCAAGCUGGCUAGCAUAUCAGAAUGCUCCCGGACCCGUGCCACGACUCCCGGCAAGUUCGCUUCUCCUGCUGACUCCAUGUUUGGGUGUGUGUUUCAGGCGCAGGAGGGCAAAUCACAGAAUAAAAGUUUUAUUCCGAAACACAGUAGUACGCAGCAAUGCGUCAAACACUCCAGUCCGGAAAACAGGCGCACUGGAAAAUAACGAUGCACACGGGUGAAAAUAACCCAUAGAUACAAAAUACAAAGAGCUCCACAGGGCUAAUUGAACCUCCACAAUAAACAAUCACACACAAAGACAAGGGGGCAGAGGGAACACUUAUACAGGUACUGAUGAGGGGAUAUGAACCAGGUGUGUGUAAUAAACAAGACAAAACCAAUGGAAUGAUGAGAUGAGGAGCGGCAGCAGCUAGAAGGCCGGUGACGACGAACGCUGAAGCCUUCCCGAACAAGGAGAGGAGGCAGCUUCGGAGGAAGUAUUGACACUGCAACUGAAAAAGGACAUUUCUAAGAUACUUUUUUCACUGAAUCGAGAAUGAAGAAAGUAUUGCCAAGAACAGGUUAGUUGAAAAAUCUAUGGCGGUGGUUUGUAUGGGGCUUUCCUGUAACGCCCACAUUAUCUAGCGUACAAUUUGUAGUUACAAAAUUAGAUGAAAUAGGAGAUAUGAUAGAAAACCAGCUACUUUGGAAUCAGACAUAAAAGGCUUAGCACCUCUGUUGCUUUUUUCCCAUGGUGUGGCUUCUUGUAAUUUGCAUAGUUCUACUUGACCAUUAGAUGCCUAGUAUUUCCACCCAGUCAACAUGAUUCAAAGUGAUGGAGAGCAGACCCAGACAUAAGUUGGGCUCAUUUGCAGAUGGUCCUCUGGAAAGGUUCAGUUGAGAUUUACCUUUUCAUUGUGGUGUCUAGUAUUUCUUAGAAUACUUUAUUCCACUAAUUAUAUUUUCUUUAUUCUGAGAGUAUUUACAGUUCUCUAACUUUAGCAGCGAAAAUCACUCUUUCCAUUGGCAUGAGUGGAUCACAUGGACUGUUGUUAGCAACCAGAAGCAACAGAGCACAGGCGAGCAGCAGGAACAAUUAUACCAACUUUGGCAUGGGAGUAACAUAAUGAGCUAAGCCUAGCCAGGGCUGGUGUAGAUGGAAUGAAUAGGUAGCACUGUGGAGAAUGAACAGCUGUGUGACUUUAACUUGACACUUGUUAAGGGGGAUUAGUUAUUGUGUGACAAUCACCAGGUGCCCUCUGAUUGCCAUGUUUUAUAUUAAAGUCAUUGUUAGUUUUUCCAUAUGAACUCAGAUUUUCUGACUGAGUGAUACUGUCAGUUUGUGUCAUACAGUACAUGAGAGAGCUAACUGGACACAAACAUGAAUGGGAAUGACCAACAGUUGGAUAUAACUGCUAAGUGAAUUUGUGAUUCAUCAAGCAUCUAUGGGCGAUUCCACGCCAGCAGGAGCGGAAAUUAUUUUUGGUAUAUCAGAUUGUUCCGGCAAUUCUCACAUAGAAACUUCAUUGGGAGGAAGGAUGUUUGACAUGCUUUUUACAUUUAUAUCACAAACCAUUGUUGAGAAAAUCACAAGGAAAGUGGCAAUUUUAGGUCCUUUUUAGACCGAUACAUGUCUUCUGUAAGACAUUAUGAUCUGUCAACCGUACAUGAUACAGACAACAUCAUGGUGUCAUUAUACUCCUUAUUGUGGGCUCUAACAUAUGGAGUAUGUCUAGAUUCUGACAUACACAUUUUCACAUUCAUUUAUUAAACACUAAACAUAUUAAUAUGAAUACCCUUUUUGAUUUUAUUCAUUUGGAACAAUAUACUCUAAAAGUGCAUCAAAUUUCCAGAGUGGGUCGUACAAUAUCAUACGAAUUAGAGGACGUAUAGUAUCAUACAUCUUACCCGGUUGUACAAUAUCACACGAAUUGGAUGAUGUAACCUAUCAAACAUCCUGGAGGACUUACAGUAUUAUACUAUUUUCUCUGAGACCAGGCUGCUUGUUGCGUCAUAACAAUAAAGGAGAAUUAAGACGAGAAUUUAUGUUGCUAGUUAGAACUAAUGACAAAGGUUCAGAGAAUUUACGUAAAAUAGCCAACGUCAGUCCAAUCUGUUCUGUUUUGUUAUUUUCUAUCUGUUCCAUGACUUAUGGUGUCUUCAGCAAAAAAGCUUCCGGUUUACAUUCAGAGGUCAAAUGUUGGUCAUACGUCAGAACAUAUACAGUGGGGGAAAAAAGUAUUUAGUCAGCCACCAAUUGUGCAAGUUCUCCCACUUAAAAAGAUGAGAGAGGCCUGUAAUUUUCAUCAUAGGUACACAUCAACUAUGACAGACAAAAUGAGAAUUUUUUUUCCAGAAAAUCACAUUGUAGGAUUUUUUAUGAAUUUAUUAGCAAAUUAUGGUGAAAAAUAAGUAUUUGGUCAAUAACAAAAGUUUCUCAACACUUUGUUAUAUACCCUUUGUUGGCAAUGACACAGGUCAAACGUUUUCUGUAAGUCUUCACAAGGUUUUCACACACUGUUGCUGGUAUUUUGGCCCAUUCCUCCAUGCAGAUCUCCUCUAGAGCAGUGAUGUUUUGGGGCUGUCGCUGGGCAACACAGACUUUCAACUCCCUCCAAAGAUUUUCUAUGGGGUUGAGAUCUGGAGACUGGCUAGGCCACUCCAGGACCUUGAAAUGCUUCUUACGAAGCCACUCCUUCGUUGCCCGGGCGGUGUGUUUGGGAUCAUUGUCAUGCUGAAAGACCCAGCCACGUUUCAUCUUCAAUGCCCUUGCUGAUGGAAGGAGGUUUUCACUCAAAAUCUCACGAUACAUGGCCCCAUUAAUUCUUUCCUUUACACGGAUCAGUCGUCCUGGUCCCUUUGCAGAAAAACAGCCCCAAAGCAUGAUGUCUCCACCCCCAUGCUUCACAGUAGGUAUGGUGUUCUUUGGAUGCAACUCACCAUUCUUUGUCCUCCAAACACGACGAGUUGAGUUUUUACCAAAAAGUUCUAUUUUGGUUUCAUCUGACCAUAUGACACUCUCCCAAUCCUCUUCUGGAUCAUCCAAAUGCACUCUAGCAAACUUCAGACGGGCCUGGACAUGUACUGGCUUAAGCAGGGGGACACGUCUGGCACUGCAGGAUUUGAGUCCCUGGCGGCGUAGUGUGUUACUGAUGGUAGGCUUUGUUACUUUGGUCCCAGCUCUCUGCAGGUCAUUCACUAGGUCCCCCCGUGUGGUUCUGGGAUUUUUGCUCACCGUUCUUGUGAUCAUUUUGACCCCACGGGGUGAGAUCUUGCGUGGAGCCCCAGAUCGAGGGAGAUUAUCAGUGGUCUUGUAUGUCUUCCAUUUCCUAAUAAUUGCUCCCACAGUUGAUUUCUUCAAACCAAGCUGCUUACCUAUUGCAGAUUCAGUCUUCCCAGCCUGGUGCAGGUCUACAAUUUUGUUUCUGGUGUCCUUUGACAGCUCUUUGGUCUUGGCCAUAGUGGAGUUUGGCGUGUGACUGUUUGAGGUUGUGGACAGGUGUCUUUUAUACUGAUAACAAGUUCAAACAGGUGCCAUUAAUACAGGUAACGAGUGGAGGACAGAGGAGCCUCUUAAAGAAGUUGUUACAGGUCUGUGAGAGCCAGAAAUCUUGCUUGUUUGUAGGUGACAAAAUACUUAUUUUCCACCAUAAUUUGCAAAUCAAUUCAUUAAAUAUCCUACAAUGUGAUUUUCUGGAUUAUUUUUUCUCAAUUUGUCUGUCAUAGUUGACGUGUACCUAUGAUGAAAAUUACAGGCCUCUCUCAUCUUUUUAAGUGGGAGAACUUGCACAAUUGGUGGCUGACUAAAUACUUUUUUCCCCCACUGUACAUACUGUACAUUCAUCUCUGACAUGGUUAAAAAUAUAACCAGACCACAUCAUCCCUAGCACUCAAAGUUACAGUUCUCAACUCAAGUUCAUAGACAUUUUAGGUUUUCAAAACACUUUUACGCCUCACUUGACACUUGCCAUCCCAGUUAAAAGCAGAGGUCUGCUGUGUUUGCAUUCCACUGAGACUGUCUCUGGAGGGACGUUUUGAAGAUCAGAACCAUGUAAACUGUCAGAGCAGAGAGAUGUUCUCAUACCACACAAUGGCUUCGAGAUGCUUUUCUCGUGUCUAUCAACUCAUACAGAGGCGUUGGGAUUCUGGAGAAAGACAGCUAGGCCUCUAGGCCUGGAGGGCCACAGAGUAGUAGCACUUUGUAAGGUGAUUCCAGGCGUUGAGUGACUGUGUGUGGUGUGUGUUGGGUGUGUGCUGGGAUGCCGCUCUGGGAGGCAGCGUGAAGGUUGAGUCAAGGCUGGCCUGAGGUGAAGACUCCUUAAUCACUAUACUGCUGCCGUUGCUAUCUGCAAACAUCACACACACACACACACACACACACACACACACACACACACACACACACACACACACACACAGCCCACCUGCAGAGAACGGAGCACCAUUAUCCCGUCCCUCUCAGACCCCUGAAACACGCUCCUCCGACUUACUGGCGCUGCGAGGGAGGGGUCUAAUCGAGAGCAUACAUCUCUUAUCGGAACCCAGAGCCCAAAAGCACAACUUCCUCCAAAGCGGCCUGAGGUAUUUGGAAAAGGAAGAGCCUUUCCCUGCUUGGCCUUAUUAAAAUUGGAGGGCUGAUACAAUCAUGGUUAUAUAACAGUCAUGCACAGCUCAUACAGUGGUGGAACGGUGACGAGUGCAUGCAUUGCAGUAGGCGCUGUGAAGUUCAUUGUUCAUUGUUUUUGGCGUAGAGGAGUUUACCACUCUUUGGGGCCAUCACUUAUACUGCAACUGGGUCCCCUGUCUCAGGCCUUUUUCAGCCCUGUGAUGUCAUUCUGACCGCUUGUUUGGGUGGCUAACAGUAUAGUUACAUCUCAGUGCAGGAUGUUAUGAAUAGGGAGGUAACAACAUUCCCACCAUAGGCUUCAUUUUACCUCCCUGACAGGCACAUUCAGAUACCCCUGGCUUUAGAGCCUCAGUCAAAGUUAUUUGAUACUAUGUGAUACUUCUGCAGGUACGGCUGAUCCCCUCGCAAAUGUCACCCCACCCCACCUCGUCCCCGUCCAACCCCCCACUGAGACAAGAACAGAAGUCAUCAUCCUCUAACACUAACAGUUAGUGAUCUGUCCUGGCUGUUGGUAUGAUGAACCCUGCUCCCAUCCAGCAGAGUUCUUAUUCCCUGCGUCAGAGGGGUCUUGUGAUGACUGUGAUGUUCGCAGUUCAUUUCCCCCCUGUUUACAUAUCUCAGCCAUCUGCUCUGUGUAGCUCAACCUCCAGCUGUCUUCCCCUGACCCCCACGGCCUGGGAAAAAGACACCUUAUUCCAAGAACUCUCUCUUGUUCUUUCUUUUUCGUUUUAUCUCUUUCUUUAUCGGUCUCUCUCUUGUUCUCUCUUUUAAUUUUCUCAUUCUCUCUCUCUGGGUUUCAUGGAAUGCCAGCGAGUUCAAAGAAAGAGUGCGCUUCUUUCCUUCUUUCCACCAUCUGUCGCUGACAAUGCUGUGUUAAUGUUGGGAGUUACCAGAUGGGUGGAACCUGAACAGAGGGGACAUGAAAUGCUGUGUGGGGCAGAAGGGACUUAAGCCACUUCUGACAAAUGCCUACCUGCCUUUUCUGUGUCUGACACGCAUAAACCACUGUUAGCCAAUAAGGAGUAAUUAGGCUGGCCUCUUCCAAAAAGCCACUAAAAUAUGGAAUCCGCAGUAGGGCAAAACAGCGCCACUGUCCGCCCCACGGCCGUUGUUAUUGUUUUGGUUUUGUUGAAAAGCAGAGGUGGAGAGCGCUCGGGGAGCGUCGCACAUCAAGGGGGAAAAAAAGCAGUACAUAUGCUGCUGUUCUAUUGUGCGUGCAAUGAUGUCGAGGGAAAAAAACAGUGCUUGUUGCUUGCAGUAACUUCUUUGUUGUUGUAUUAUCGCAAACGGACACGGCAGUUUCACCAUUAAGGAUUCCUGCUUUAAUUAAUACCCUCUCAGAGAUGAGAGAGCAACAUGAGAGUUGCUUCUAUUUUUGUCCACAAUAUUUUUGCGAAUGUGACUAAAGUGUAAAAUAGCUCGCUUAAUAUGCACAAAUACUGUAUUUGCCUUCUUAUUAAAAUGGGCCGACCAGAAAAUAAUUUUCAUUGAAUUUGAAUAUUGUUUUUGUUUGCAGAGAUCGAAGCGAAGGAGGCUUGCGAUUGGCUGAGAGCGGCCGGCUUCCCCCAGUACGUGCAAUUAUACAAAGGUAAAUAUCAAAUAUGAAUCCUCUCAAGCCAUCAAGCACAAUCUAUUACAGUACAAACCACAUCCACAUGUUUGCUCAUCCAUAGCAAACAGUGUCAUAUCCCACUUUCAUUUGCCUUGUUUGCCUCUCAGAUUGCAGGUUCCCCAUUGCUAUAGACUGGGUAAAGAGUGAUCACGGUUUUCUGGAUAAGGACGCGCUUGAUUCCCUCUGCAGGUGAGAAGCUAGACUUCCCAUCCACUCUCUCCUCACCAGUAUCUCCUCAUAGAGAGAGAGAGAGUGUGUGUGAGAGUGAGAAAAAUAGAAAGACAGAGAGAGAGAGAAAGUGAGAGUCGGUGUGUUUGGUAGUGGGUCCCAUGCUGCUGUGUUUGUUUAACCGCCAUGCUUCUCUGCUUCCAGGAGAUUAAGCACUUUAAACAAAUUUGUGGAGCUGAGGCUGGAGCUGGGCAGAUCAAAGAGACGGGUGAGUGAGAGUGAACGCCUUGGAACACCAACAUGGCAGCUCUGUCAGAGCUACAGCAGGAACCAGAGGAAAAGCUCCUCGUUAGCAUUUAUCACUUCGAUUUCCACUGAUAUCGAUGUCUGGAUAGAUAGCUCCACCAACCCUCAAAACUCCUCUAUCUUCAUUAGUCUCUGUUUGAGAAAGUGAGGCAAAAGCGGAAAGAAUUAGGGCGGAAACUCAUCUUGAAUUAAUAAUGUUGCAUAAUCAUUUUCUCAGUCUAGUUCUCUCAGAAUGUAGUUGUCUUUGUGAAAGAUAUCUCUGAAGAGUUACAGAAUGUCCAGAAAUAGAUGGCCCUGUUUUUUUGUUGCUACAUGGCUUCAUAUACAGCAUCUUGAUUGUCUGCUUGUGAUUCUCAGGGGGAGGGAUCAGAGGACGAGGUGCCCUGUGCCAUCAGCACCAAAUGGGCCUAUGAGAGGCAGACAAGGAGCUGGCGUCGCCUGGAGGGAAUGGGCUUCCUACAUUCACCGGAUAGCCAGGACAUGUCCCUGUGUUACGCCAAUGACCACCACGAGGUCUACUCCCUCCACAGCACCAGCAGCACCGAGAGCGAGGGCCGUGAGUGCCCCAAGACCACCACUGAUGACCAGGAGACCAGCAGGAGCUUGUCUCGCUGCUCCUCCAUCAACAAGAUCCCGUCCCUAGACACGUCAUUUAGCAGGCCCCCCUCCCCAGGGGGUGAGAUGCCCAGUUUCAGCAGCACUGAGGAGCGCUUCCUUGACAAGCCCCCCAGGAAGAAGGGUCCCAGUCUGCUGAGGAAGAUGGAGAAACUGCGUCUGAGGGGCACGUUCAACCUCCGCUCCCCCGCCCACAGUGGCCACAGCAGGGCCAGGCUGGUCAUCUCUGGCCCCGUGCUCCAGGAGAGUCUGGAUGUCGAGUACAGGCUGAGACGGCUUCAGUGUCUGGACAUCUCCACCCUGCAGGACAGGGAUAGGGAUAUGGACCGGCCGGACAGCCAGGCCUCCUCCUCGCCUUCCUCCCCCCACUCGGGCAGCAGCAGCCCCAGCCCUUCGGAGAGCAGCAGUACUGUCAGCACCCCCAGCCCCAUCACCAGAGUACGCAGCAACUACAAUCGAACCGUCAGGGUCCGAGAACAGAACCAAGUGGGACUCCACAGAGGCCCGGUCCGAGAGCACCAGGACUACAAGAACGACAGGAAUAACCACGAGAGCCUGGUCUUCCAGAUCCCUCAGGGGCACAAGCCAGGCACGUUCCCCACAGCCCUCACCCACAACAACAUCCUGUUGCCCAUAGACAACACCUCCGUCAACUGGAGGACUGGGAGUUUCCACGGGUACCGUGGGCGACGGAGCAGGGGGAGCGCAGGGGACAAAAACAAGAAUUCCGCCUGCUGCAGCUCCCUAGCCUCAUUGGACCACCGAGCCAGUAUCUAUGACAAUGUGCCAAUAGGUCAGGUGAUUGGCCAGGAGGUGGAGCAUCACGGGGAGGCGGAGACGGGGGAGAUCAGCGAAAACGAUGAGGUCUUCUCGGCGCUGGACAGUGUGAUGGAGCGUAUCAUCGGCCUGCAGCAGCUCGUCAACACCUGGACAGACAAACUUUCGGAGGACAGCGACUCAGACUCUAACCGCCGCUCCACACCCUCGCCCUGCCCCUUGUCCUCCUCCAAUCACAUCCACCUGGAGGUCAAGGAGGCAGAGGAGUUGGGGCCGGGAGCCAUGGAGCGUGAGGGUGAAGGGGAUGAGGAGAGCCUAGAGAAGGAGUUUGCGGAUGGAGAUGACCCUGAUGCACAGUCACCAACAUGCAGUAUCAGGUGAGAGCAAUGUCAGCUGGUCUGAGUACUCAUUAAGAAGUCUUUAUUACUCUAUCACCACAUUAACAUGGCUGCCAUUCUGUUGUCUGUUGUAUAUGUGUGCAGACGGAGCCAGCACCACUGGUCCAGCGAGCAGAGUCUUCCCUCAGUUGCCCCUAGCAGCUCAGGAGUCGAGGCCCAGCCUGUUUCUCAACUCCACCUUCUGCAGAAACUCUCCCUGCUUAAACUCACUGCUCUCAUGGACAAGUACUCCCCCUCCAGCAAGCAGGGCUGGAACUGGUAAGGAAUGGGAGGGGGAGAGGGAGAGGAAAGAUGGAAUGGUAUGGGGAAGGCUGUGGAGAAAGAAGGAGGGAGGGGAUGAGUGAGAAAAAUGAGGAGGAGGAGGGCGAUGAGGGGAGGAGGGAAAAGUGGGAGGGUGGUGGGGAAGGGGGGGGUAGGGGAAGAGGAGGAAGAUUGGAGGCAGCUUGUUUAGAGGUUAAUUUAUUAUUUAUGUUACGCUGCAACCUUGCUGUGCCUCUCACAAGACAAAACACAGGAUGCUUCAAGAGCUGUAACCCCCCCCCCCCGCUAGGUAAUAACCGCAUGUAGAUAUUGUUGACAAAGUAUAACCUUCGUCCUAGAUUCAUAGGGAUAUUAUAGACAGAUUCUCUUCAUUCCUUUUUGGUUAAGGUCUGUGGUGUACACUCCCAUCUGGCUCUUAGAGGGGUAACUUUUCUGGCAUUGGCCAGGCAUCUAUCUCUGUGAUUUAAAGGGAGCUUGGAUCCCAAACGAUUCUACUUUCUGGCAAAACAUCUGUUUACAUUUGUGAAAAGUGAAGUGCUUGCACAUCCCAAAGUUUCCCUGCGUUUUUAGUUUGAAAGAGGCAGGCAUGUGCUCACCAUCGGCUAGAAUAGGGUGAAGUGUCUACAGCGCAGGGUGAAGACCUAUAGCCUAUAGAGUACACUAAUGAAAGAUAUGGUGGAAUGUUAUCUCAAAGAUAGUGGCUAGGAACCUUUCCUCUCGGCGGUUAACGGCAGUGACCUCAAAUAGCGUUACAAAGGAAACACGUAAUGAGGGUGAGAUAGAAACACAUACUGGGAACCAUAGAGAUAGAGAGGACUCAUCUUUGUAUCUUACAUUUUAGUCAUUUAGCAGACGCUCUUAUCCAGAGCAACUUACAGUUAGUGAGUGCAUACAUUUUCAUACUGGCCCCCCGUGGGAAACGAACCCACAACCCUGGCAUUGCAAGCGCCAUGCUCUACCAACUGAGCUACAGUUAUAGCGUCUGUGACAGCAGAUGGUGGAAGCCCUCAAUGGCAACAUCCAUACUAAAACAGGUUAUAUCCAUGAUGAGUCCUCUAUCUAUUUCUAUGAUGGGAAGUCAACACAUCGCAAUCUGUUUUGUCAGAAUGAGAUAUUGCUUUUCAUUGUUUGUAGCUAUUUCCUCACCCAUGUUUCGAAAUCUGAUCUCCUAACCUUGGUUCCCCCACGGAUCAAUUAAUAAAGUGUUUGCCAUUAUUAAUUUGUGUAGCCAACUGGAGUAAAAGUGAUUGCUUAAACCGGCAAUCAGCAGUAGAAUCAAUAACAAAGCGACCUCCCCAGGCCUGUUUCGGUAAAAAGCUUAGGGAUGGGGCUGGAGAAAUGUAACCACUCUCGAAUUCCUAGACAGAGCUAUGGAUGCAAGGACUGGCAUUCCAUUAUAUCAAAAUUAUAGUUUUAACCAUGUUUUAAGACUAUAUAGUCUUAGUUUACUUUGUUUACUUUACUUUGUUGACAAACAUUGGAGUUAAACAAGUUUACAUGUUGGGUUAUAAUGGGGCAAGACAGUUGAACUAAGCUCAUGAGGCAUUUAUAAGUUAUAUUUUUCAACAAUCAACGGGUACAUAUAAUUAAUUUAUAAGUCAAAAAAUUGAUGUAGCAACUGCUGAUUGCCCCUUUAAGGAAAGAGGACAGGGUAAUUGACUUUUUGAGAGCAGAGUAAUUGGGCUAUUUGUUUUAACAAUCAUUGAGCUAACUACAAAUAAAUACUACUCCGCCCCAUCGCUUUCCAUUGAUCCUAGCUUCGUAUUCUGUACACUCCCUCCAUGAACAUUUCUCCAAUAGUCCAAACCCUUCCCCUGAAUGAACAUACACAAUACCUACAGGGAAGAGACAAAUAACCUACUCAGCCUCUCAUCGCUUUCCCAUUGAUCCUGAGCUUCAGUAUUCUGUACACUCCCUCCAGUGGAACAAGUUUCAUUCCAAACUAACGGUCCUGUUACUUCUGUGCCAAACACCUCCCCUUGACUUUCUCUAAUGACUCAAAUCUACAUGAGAUACUAGCAGGGAGAGAGACCACUCUCGAUCUAUCAUCUCUCUAUCUCGACUCUCUCGAUCUAGCUUCUCUCCUACUCUCGAUAGUCUAGUACGCAUCGAUCUAUCUCUCGAUCUAUCUCUUCUCUCUCUCUCUCUCCUCUCCCUCUCCUCUCUCUUCUUAUCGUCAUGCUCCCCCAUCUCUCUCUCUCUCUCUCUCUCCUCUAAAUCACGAGCAGAACACCAUUAAGCUAAUGAAAUGAGGUGGACACAGAAGCUAUGUUUUAAUUGAACAGCUGAAGACUAGAAUUGAAAUGCAGUCCGUAAUGGGAGAGAACACUAUCAAAGAGAAGCAUGCUGUAUGAACAAUUGUGAAUCUAAUUCCAGUAGACUUGAUUCAUUUCUGCAAUCAUACAUUUGAUUGGCUCUGAGGCUAGCUAUCUCAAGAUGCCUAAACUUGUUUUAUGGAAGAAUAAUGAGAGGAGGCUUUAAUUUGUCUUCAUGUUAUCUUCUUGGCUACACAGGCCGUUGGCACUCACUCGCUGGCUUAUGAAAACAAGCCAUUCAGCACUCGCUGGGCUUUAAAAGAAAUAUCCCGUCAGUUGUACACAAAGCCCUCUGCUAAGUACGUGUGUGUCUUGGUCAGAUCCCUAUGUAGGCUCCCACUGGGCACGGACGUGAGUUCAACGUCUAUUUUUUAUUUACAUUUGGUUGAGUUGUCAACUAACGUGAAUUCAACGUGAAAUCAACAACAACAAAAAAUCACCAUGACAUUGGAUUUAGGUUCAAAGUUGGGUGACAAAAAUACAAAAUUCCCUUACAUUGAUUACUUUUUGCUAAUCCAAUCAGUUUUCCACGUUGUUUCAACGUUAUUACAUAUAAUUUUGUUGUUGAGAUUACAUGGAAACAACAUUGAUUCAACCAGUUUUUGUCCAGUGGGUUCUUACAUAUUGUACAAACAUGCAGUGCACUGUUGUUUGAAGUAGAACAUAUCCAAAAGGAAUAAAAUACAAUGCAACAACUUAGUCAUACUUCUGUAGUUCCCUGUAGCUUAGUUGGUAGAGCAUGGCGCUUGCAACGCCAGGGUUGUGGGUUCGUUUCCCACGGGGGGCCAGUAUGAAAAUGUAUGUACUCACUAACUGUAAGUUGCUCUGGAUAAGAGUGUCUACUAAAAUGUAAAUGUAACAUUGCCCUAUCUUCGUUUAACUUUUAUACAGAAACCUCUAUCUUCAACAGCAACCCUUGAAGUCCAUCUUGAAUUGUUUGUCUCCCCACAGGACAUUCCCCAAGCCUCCGAGGAAGACCAAGGCCCCAGAGUUUAAGGGCAGCAGGGUGUUUGGUGUACCCCUCCUCCACAGUGUGCAGCAGACAGGGGAACCACUACCCCCCAGCAUCCUCAAGGCCAUCAUUUAUCUGAGGACAGAGUGUCUCGGUCAGGUACUGGACUCUUUAACCUCCUGUACCACCAGUUAAUACAGUACUGCUCAUGCAUUAUUAAAGCUAGAGUCCUUAAUUGAAACAAUAACAAAGCAGUUUUGGUAAAAAGCUGAGGGAUGGGUCUAGGGAAAUGUAACCACUCUCAAAUUCAAAGAGAGCAAGGGCUGACAAUCCAUGAUAUCAGAAUGAUAGUUUGAACCAUAUUUUGAGGCUGUGUGUGUUUAUAGUUAUAUUGUUUACAAACAUUGGAGUAAAACAAGCUCAUAUUUUGGGUUCUGAUGGGGUACGACAGUUGAACUAAGCUCAUGAGGCAUUUAUAACUCAUAUUCUUCAAGAAUCAAUAUAUCUGUCACGAAUGUCGGUGGAAUGCGGUAGGCCAGAGUCAAGCGCAGGACACAGAAUGAGAUGAAGAACCACUUUACUGAGUAGUAAAGAAAUACAAGGAAAAUCCUCCAAAACAACAAAGGAGGAGCAAAACCCGCUCACACUAAUGACACUCGUACAUACAAUAAACACGCACACCAAACAGUGGACGUGAACAGGUUAAAUAGGGAAGACAAACUAACAUAAUGGGGAACAGGUGUGCAACAACAGACAACAAUCAAGUGAACAUAGAAACAUAUAACAUAGAGCGGCAGCAGCUAGUACUCCGGUGACGACGAACGCCGAAGCCUGCCCGAGCCAGAAGGAAGGGCAGUCUCGGCAGAAUCUGUGACAAUAUCAUUAAUUUAUAAGUCCAAAAAUAUAUGUAAAAGCUAAGGAUUCUAGCUUUAAAGGAAUAUUUAGGGUUGGGCAUUAUAGGGACAGUUCACCCCAAUAUCACAGUUGGUUAGAUGUUUUCAUAUCUCAAAAUGGUCUAAAGUCAAGCUUACAGUCCCGAUUCCAUGGCAUCUACAGUGGGCUCUCUACAUAACAUAUGUCAUGGAAUAUGGACCACAGUUGACAAGGUACUUAGAUUCAUGGGGUGAACAGGUCUGGGCCAUCAGCUAUUCCUCUCCAACCUAUUAACAUCUGUGUCAUGCAUUGAUACUAUGGAGUACACAGCACCUGUGUUGAAUUACACCCCUGUGACACUUUGACCUACAGUAAAUUGGAGUCAUGGUUAGACACAGUGGAGGGUCCUAUAUUGAGAACAGAGACAGAUGAGCAUGAGGAAUGGGAGGUCAGCUUUAAUUUUUCUUCCAUGUUGAGAGUGGGUUAUGAGGUGCUUUAGGUGGAUCUCCUACCUACAGAGAUGAAUGGAGGUUAUCCUAGUUUGACAGGCCUUAGGAUAGCCUCCUAUAUGAGUCUGACCUGCCAUCCCGGUUUUAAACCCCCCAUUCCACACCACACGCACACGUGCACACGCAUGCACUCACGCACGCACACACUUGCACACACUAAACACACACUCCUAACCCACAAUCAUAACCCUCUCGUCCUCUCAGGUGGGUCUGUUUCGUAAGUCAGGGGUGAAGUCUCGUAUCCAGUACUUGCGUUACAUGGUGGAGGCGGACCCAGAGGCCGUGUCCUACGAGGGCCAAUCAGCGUUUGACGUGGCUGAUAUGGUGAAGCAGUACUUCAGAGACCUACCAGAACCUGUGAUCUCCAGCAAGCUCUGCGAGUCCUUCCUGCAUAUCUACCAAUGUACGAGGAUAGAACUUACAUCACUGCUUGGGCCAGUACAGUAAAGACUGGAAUGGCUAAACAUGCAAGAAAGGUUAAAAUGCUGGCUAAGUAGGCAGUUUGAAACCAGUUUUUGACAUUUUUAUAGUAUAAGCGCAAUGAGAGAGUCACAAAGCAAUUAUUUCUACAUACUUACAUGUCUCACUCCCACCUCCACAGACUUCCCCAAAGACCAGCAGUUCUGUGCGGCCCAGGCAGCCAUCUUCCUCCUGCCUGAUGAGAACCGUGAGGCCCUGCAGACACUCCUCCUCUUCCUCCGAGACGUGGUGUGCUGCGUGGACGAAAACCAGAUGACCCCCACCAACAUCGCCGUGUGCCUGGCCCCCUCCCUCUUCCACCUCAACACCCUGAAGAGAGAGGACAACACAGCCAGGUACGGAGCUCUGUCUCCUGGGGAGGAGGAGGACGUCAAGUUGCCCCUAGAAUCUAGUGUCUAGAUGCUGAUCUAAGCAGUUUGGGGAGUUUUAACCAUAGUGCUUGAGGUUAGGAUUGGGGGAGGGUCCUGGUCAAUGUAGCCAAGUGCAGUCCACUGCCUCCUGGGAGGAGUAGGACAAAGUUAACCCCUAGAUGCUGAUAUAAGAUCACUUUUGGGGUUUUCAACCGUAAUGGCUGAGGUUAGGAUUGGGGGAGUGUAAGAUGAUCCUGGCUCUGUGCGUAAGAGCAACUUCUAGACGAGCAGAGGUCUGGGGGUCUGGGUCCCACAUUCCUAAAGUGAUAACUCCCUCUUACAUUGUUGCAUAACAUUACUCCAGUGCGCCUUGCUUUGCAUUCAUCGCUACAACUGCAGGUUUUCAUUUCAGUCUGUUUGAAAUGGUGUUUGUUACUCCUUCUUCUUAUGCAGCAUCAGAUUCAUGUUAAAGUGUGGAGUUGGGUUCUUUGAGUUCCCAGAGAUUACAUCAAUUGUAGUAAUGUAGCCAAAGCCCUAUUUCCCUGUGCGAUAAUGAAUAGCUGUCGGAUGGGUUUAGUUUAAAGGCAGAGAGAGAGAGAGAGACUUAUGUAAUGCCUUAAUUUCUCUUAGAUAGAGGAGAUGUUAUAUAUUUAAUACUGUUCAGCUGGUUACUGCAAGAGAAAGAGAAGAGGGAGAGAGAGAGGGAAAGAGAGGGGAGAGAGGGAGAGAGAAAGAGACGGUCCAAGUGAGAAACAGGGAGAGACAUUUGCACCUGAUUCAAUUUUUCAAAACACAUCUGUCUAUGAACUUAGCUUUUGAGUCUGGUGCUCUCAUCAGCUUCACAAGACUGGUUGUUGAUCUGUAGUUGUUGGCGAAGAUAGACACACAAACACACACAGCUCAGCUGCACACACUCUGCUGACACCCGGUAUUCUGACAACAUGUCUAGAAGUUCCAACUUCACGUCGAAAAGUGGCGUGAUGGACCCAGUGAUGUCAUAUAGCACAGGCCUGAUUGUGUCUGAUGUAGCCGGUCAGAGACAUUAGACCUCUCCUCCUCUCCUCCUCAUUGUGCCAGGCCAGCCAGUUCAGGGGAGCCAGCGGGCUCAGCCAUUACCCCACAGGCUGUCAGAGCAGAGCACUGAUGGAAAUCAGAACACAACAUAAUAUACACUUUGUAUCUCCCAUCACUGGAAACAGAGUUCUGCCUUGAUACACAUGUCACACUCUCACAUUGGAAACAAUGACCAGAACAAAUAAACUCUACUCCAACUGACUGUUGUGUUGUGGCACAUUGUGCUCAAGGAUACAGUGACGUGUUAUUAAAUAUUUUGCUGCUUUGCUUUGCUACAUGUUUUUUUGGGGUUUGGAAGUCAAUACUGACGUUGCUUUUUACAUUGAAUAACAGUCAUUUUCCUCAGUUUCUGCUUGUAAGGGUCACAAAUAAACUGCAUACUAUGAGUCUAUGGGAGCCUAGCGUAGCAAUAGAAACUGUACCCCAUAAAUAUUCAACUCUGAUGUAAGGACAUUGCCUGUUUCUCUGACCUAGGUUGAGCCACAGGAAGUACAGCCUGGGUAGGCCUGACCAGAGGGACCUUAGUGAGAACCUGGCUGCCACUCAGGGCCUGGCCCACAUGGUGACUGAGUCCCUGCGCCUCUUCAAGGUACACACUACAGUAGUUAAAGCCUGUUCUAGCCACACUAAUGCACAUCACAUGUGCACAGCGUGUGGGUGUUACUGCCAAGACCCAGCAGAGCACACAUCCCUCUCUCAUAAGUGGACUCUCUCUGUGCAGUAGUAUGUACUGUACGUUACAAAAAGCAGACAGGCACUUUUCCAAUUGUUCAUAACCAUAACCCAUCUGCAGGGGAAAUUAAAUGAGGAGGCACUUCAUCUAUGUUAUUCAGUUCAGUCAGUUCAUUGUAUUGACUUGAUAAUACAGAAUAAGAAUAUCAGAAAAUAAGAACAUGAAUGCCAACAACAGGCUAUUAAUCACCAUAGCUUCGCUUAAUGCAAUAGUACAUCCAAUGGUCAAGAAGUCAUAUGUAGUCUCUUGUGACAGACGUUAACACGCAAUAUUUAGUUCUGGUUGUCGAGAUGAAGUCAUAUGUGGCACUAUUUGUGAAAACAUCAAGUUAACUCUUCCUCUCUCUUUCUCUGAUCCUUCCAGCUUCCAGAGUUCUGGCCGGGCCAGAGUGUGAGCAAACCCAGUGAGGAGGCUCUCUGGGUGGAUUGGGGUCGGAGUUCGCCCUCUCAGGGUGGGGAGGAGGAGCAGGAUGAGAGGGCCAGACUGGACCAGACCACCCAGCACCUGUUGAGAGAGGCCAGGGAGAAGAGUAGAGGCUGGGAGUCCUGCUCUGGACCAGACAACGUGGACCUGGUUUUUAAGAAGGUGUGUGAUGGAAUCUGAUGGAAUGAAUGAAUGGAUGAAAACGAAUGAAUGAAUGAAUUAAUUAAUUAAUUAAUAAAAGAAAAUGAAUGAACGAACAAAUUAACUAAAUUGUCAAAGAUGAAAAAUAACAUCUUAGUGUAAUAAAAGUAACUGCUUGGUUACAGUGACCCAUAAAAGUUUUUCUGACAGCAAACCACUACCAAAAACAACAACACCUAUAAAGAACAGCCCAGACUAAUGAAAGGUUCAUUAUGUAUGAGUCAACAUAAAAACAUUCUCCAGUGAGUCAGACACAUUAAGCACACUGAGAGCUUGAGCUGAGAUGUGUGUGUUGAGUAAGAGGGGUUAUCAGGUUCUCACACUGGGUCUCACCCCCUUGCCUCCCCCUCCCCUCCAUACCAGGUGGAUGACGGCUGGCCUCUGCGGUUGUGGAAGGGCUCUGUUGAGGUGGAUGCCCCACAGAAAGAGGCCCUCCAGCGGGUCCUGAGGGAGCAGGGUCUCUGGGAGAAGACCCUCAAACAAUCUGCAGUAGUCCAGACCCUGACCAAGGACACCGAGGUCUACCGCUACCUCCUGCAGGGCCUGGGACCCCGGCCGCCACAGGAGUACCUGCUGCUGAGGUAAUGAGGUGUUACCAGGGCGAUGCUGCGCGGCGCUGCACGACGCUGCAUGGGUCUUUAGGCAGGCUGCUGACUCUGCUGCUUAAGAGUAUAAGGGACAGAGGAGUCAGGGACAAACAGAGUUAAGCUUGGACUUGAACACUCUGGCUAAUGUUGUUUUGACAUGGUGCCUGUUGUUGUACUUGUGCUACAUUUUGGCAUCACAGUGAAUGAAAAAUGAAAAAGCUAGUUUAGUUCAGAGCGAGUUUAGUUACAUUAAAGUGUCAAAGUCAAAGAAUUGUUGACUGUUUACUCAAACAGCCAGUCAAAUGGUAGCUGAAUAUCUGAGGGCCUAUUUCUCACUCAGCUUGAUUCUAAAGUCUGUUUUUAAAUUGACCAGAAUAAUCUCCUACCAUUUCCCCAUGCAGGACCUGGCAGUCAGACCUGUCGGCUGGUCUUGCUUAUGUGUCGGCUGUGUCUACAGAGCACCGUGAGGCCCCCAUGGAGGGGGUGAGAGCCCACGUCCUCUCUUGUCUCUACCUGGUAGAACCCCUGGGGGCCAAGAGGUCCCGACUUACACACCUCUGUCGUACAGAUACAAGGUAGGAAAGACUGAGGGAGGGAGGGAGGGUAAGAGGGGAGGAGGAAGAGAGAGAAGGGAGGGGGUGAGAGAGAGAGAAUAUGAAAGAUUUGAGAGAAUGCACAGCCUUUAAAAAAUAUAUCCAGAGACAUGCUUAUUCUUUACCUUCAGUAAUGAGGUAUUCUCUGCAGUAUCUCAAGUGCAAUCACAGCCUCUCAAAAGAGACACACUCAAAUAGAGAGAAAAAUUAACAGAAAGAAGGGCCCGCUCGUGUACACAUGAUUUAGCUCUCGUCAAAGUUCCCUCUAGAUUUUCUGCUUCUUCCGUGAUGAAUUUAUUCCCUGCGUGGUUCUGCUGGGUUAUUCUGUAGAACCCCGCUGUUUCAGCUGAUUUAAUGAAACAAGCCAGGCAAUGGAAAACAGGUGUCUAGAAGCACAUACAGUGGGGGAAAAAAGUAUUUAGUCAGCCACCAAUUGUGCAAGUUCUCCCACUUAAAAAGAUGAGAGAGGCCUGUAAUUUUCAUCAUAGGUACACGUCAACUAUGACAGACAAAUUGAGAAAAAAAAAUCCAGAAAAUCACAUUGUAGGAUUUUUAAUGAAUUUAUUUGCAAAUUAUGGUGGAAAAUAAGUAUUUGGUCACCUACAAACAAGCAAGAUUUCUGGCUCUCACAGACCUGUAACUUCUUCUUUAAGAGGUUCCUCUGUCCUCCACUCGUUACCUGUAUUAAUGGCACCUGUUUGAACUUGUUAUCAGUAUAAAAGACACCUGUCCACAACCUCAAACAGUCACACUCCAAACUCCACUAUGGCCAAGACCAAAGAGCUGUCAAAGGACACCAGAAACAAAAUUGUAGACCUGCACCAGGCUGGGAAGACUGAAUCUGCAAUAGGUAAGCAGCUUGGUUUGAAGAAAUCAACUGUGGGAGCAAUUAUUAGGAAAUGGAAGACAUACAAGACCACUGAUAAUCUCCCUCGAUCUGGGGCUCCACGCAAGAUCUCACCCCGUGGGGUCAAAAUGAUCACAAGAACGGUGAGCAAAAAUCCCAGGACCUAGUGAAUGACCUGCAGAGAGCUGGGACCAAAGUAACAAAGCCUACCAUCAGUAACACACUACGCCGCCAGGGACUCAAAUCCUGCAGUGCCAGACGUGUCCCCCUGCUUAAGCCAGUACAUGUCCAGGCCCGUCUGAAGUUUGCUAGAGUGCAUUUGGAUGAUCCAGAAGAGGAUUGGGAGAAUGUCAAAUGGUCAGAUGAAACUUUUUGGUAAAAAUGCAACUCGUCGUGUUUGGAGGACAAAGAAUGCUGAGUUGCAUCCAAAGAACACCAUACCUACUGUGAAGCAUGGGGGUGGAAACAUCAUGCUUUGGGGCUGUUUUUCUGCAAAGGGACCAGGACGACUGAUCCGUGUAAAGGAAAGAAUGAAUGGGGCAUGUAUCGUGAGAUUUUGAGUGAAAACCUCCUUCCAUCAGCAAGGACAUUGAAGAUGAAACGUGGCUGGGUCUUUCAGCAUGACAAUGAUCCCAAACACACCGCCCGGGCAACGAAGGAGUGGCUUCGUAAGAAGCAUUUUAAGGUCCUGGAGUGGCCUAGCCAGUCUCCAGAUCUCAACCCCAUAGAAAAUCUUUGGAGGGAGUUGAAAGUCUGUGUUGCCCAGCGACAGCCCCAAAACAUCACUGCUCUAGAGGAGAUCUGCAUGGAGGAAUGGGCCAAAAUACCAGCAACAGUGUGUGAAAACCUUGUGAAGACUGACAGAAAACGUUUGACCUGUGUCAUUGCCAACAAAGGGUGUAUAACAAAGUAUUGAGAAACUUUUGUUAUUGACCAAAUACUUAUUUUCCACCAUAAUUUGCAAAUAAAUUCAUUAAAAAUCCUACAAUGUGAUUUUCUGGAUUUUGUUUUCUCAAUUUGUCUGUCAUAGUUGACGUGUACCUAUGAUGAAAAUUACAGGCCUCUCUCGUCUUUUUAAGUGGGAGAACUUGCACAAUUGGUGGCUGACUAAAUACUUUUUUCCCCCACUGUACACAGAGAGAGAGAGAGAGAGAGAGAGAGAGAGAGAGAGAGAGAGAAUAUGACAGAGGGAAGUAGAGGGAGUGUGUGUCUUAUACUGAAAUAUAUUGCACUGCACCAAUAGACCACUAUCAGUGGAAGUAGUUGACUACUCACUUAGCCACACUUUCAUCACACUAGGAGUUUCAGUAAGGCAGCAUAGUGAGAUUUGAAUGAGACGGUUUGCCAACAAGACAGAUUCACACGAUUAUGAUGAUUAUCUCUGCAGGUUUUUCUCACUUCAUUACAUCAGAACUGAGCAGCAAUGGAGAGAACAUCUCUGCCUCGUUCUACUCUCUUUAAAUACUAAUAGAAAAGAGCUUGGCAGGCCUAAAAUGUAGUGGGCUUAUUUGCAGUGCCAGUGCCAUUAGGUUAUUAUUCUUUCUUUUUUAUUGUCACAUACACCGGAUAGGUGCAGUAAAAUGUUUUCCUAUUAUCGAUAAUUAACUCACUGGUCUUCGGUCUGCUAAGCUUAAUAGCGAAGGCCAAUGAGACUGAUCCAAUCAGAUGAUAUAGAGGAAAUUGAAAGUGAAAUGGUCUGUCAGUGUGUCUUAUACAGCAAGGUUUGGUUGCGUUCCAGGCAGACUAUAUUGCAGUCAUGCUACAUGCAGCAAUGGUUGCUUGUCACAUGACUAGCUAUCCAUUAAUUUGUCCAGUGAUUUCUUUUUUUGAUAUUUAGAAAGACUGCCUUUAAAAUAGAUGUGUCAAUUGCAUGCUACGGUGCGUUUCCAUUUAGCUAUCUUGUGUCGAUAAAAACAGCUGCACGUAAUGACGUCCCACCAUAAAUAAAAAGGUUGAAGUGUUUCCAUUAUCCAUUUAGGCAAAUUGCACAUUAGGUCUAAUAAAUUGGUGACAGCCUGUGAAGCCUAUUCCCUCCCACCUAUCUGUUUCAUGUCUCAGGUAGCCCGCGAAAGCCAUCAUGGAUAGAAUGCAAUAAUUGACUAAUAUUUGCCAUAUUCUAAUCAUUCUUACGUGGCAACAUAUCGCCACAGUCUAUGCCAUGGUGAAACGUACAUUCCUGUAGAUCAGAAAUAAUAGGAUGGUGAAACUUGCCAGCCAAACAGAAAAGCAAAGUGAAACAAUUCAGGAAUUCUUCAAAGUCAGGACAAUCCUUGUCCUGCAAAGAAACAUAAUUUCUAUAGUUGAAUUUUUUUAUUUUGCAAGCAGUAGGCAUUUAGAAUUAAAUGUGGAGUGGAGCUUUCUAAUUACGUGAUGACAUCGUGCCCCGCGUACCUUCUAAAAUUAUUCGACAAUCAUCAUUUAUUCGAAAAACAGUUUCCAUCAUCAUUUGUCGCAAUAAAGAAAGUUAGACUAAAGAAAAAUCCACCCGUCUAACGGAUAAAAACGUUGUCGAUCUUUAGAACAUUUCUAGUGGUUAAAAGUAUUGGGCCAGUAACCGAAAGGUCACUGGUUCGAAUCCCCGAGCCGACUAGGUGCCUUAAGCAAGGCACUUAACCCUAAUUGCUUCUGUAAGUCGCUCUGGAUAAGAGCAUCUGCUAAAUGACUAAAAUGUAAAAUGUAUCUUAGAUCUGCCGUUUCCAUUACACAUGUCGCAAUGAUUUGUGACAUUGCUUUUUUUGAAUAAACGUGGGUCAAUGGAAACCUGCCGACUGACUAUGAUAUGGUUAGGUCUGGCAGGCAACUGCAAUGUAGUCUGCCUGAAAUGCGGCCUUUGUGCCUCUCUGACUGUGUCUUAUCUGAACCCUGGUGAUGCUUCCUGUGUACUAACUUCCUGUUCCUCUGUCUGGUUUCCAGGGGCCGGUCCCAGGAGUGGCACAACAGAGUGAGUGGACACCUACUGGCUUCCAACCUCCUGGCUAUCAGGGACUCCUUCAGACCUGACCACAGACAGACCAAGAUCUGA